GCAGACUCAUUCUGGCUGAUACAUUGUUAUCAGUGUGUUCGAGGUUCUAUGCCAAUGCUGUUUCUUAGUAUCAGCCUGUGAUCCUGCUAAGUGCCAUGUGACAUGACUGUGACACUACCUCUAGCUGGACCUUGACCUGAGUCUUCACUCAUCUAAGACUACCCAGCUGCAGGGUGAGUGUGAUUGGUGUCACUGUCACUUUAUGUGGGUGGGCAAAUAAUGUGCUGUGUGGGGGUUUACUUCCUGCAGCAGCCAGCUGAGAUCCCAUCAUACCGCCCCAUGCAGACAGUUGUAUAGGUAUUUUUAUUUCAGGGAUAGAACUACAGUACUCUUAUUAUGCCUGAGCAUGCUGAGAAUUGCUGUCCAGCCAAGUUGGAAUCUUGAGGUUUCUGUCUUAGGUCUUAAGUAGGCUUUCUAGAAAGGAUGUAUUGUAAUACAAACGUAUUACUAUAUAUUCCUGAAUCAAUGAUUUCAUGGUCUGUGUGUCACAAGAUACAACAAUCUACUUUCCUUAUGUUAAACCAUAAGUCAGUGCCAGAGUCAUUCAUCAUCUUCCUUGGAGUAAAUCUAUUUUGUCAUAUACCAACAUUUUAUUUGACCAAUAUCGAUUUUGUUGUUAUUUGUUUUUUUUAAUGUAUAUCUCUUGACUGUCUCUAUAAAUAAAUGUGGAGUGAUUCUUUUAAAGUAGGGGUGCCCAAAAAGUCGAUUCUCCAGAUGCUGUAAAACUACAACUCACAUGAUGCUUUGCAUGCUUUAGAAUGACAAAGCAUCACGGAAGCUGUAGUUUUAAAACAUUUAGGGAUCUACCUUUUGGGCACCCUUGUUUUUAAAGUGUGUAGAGCCAGCUAAAAACACAGGCUAUUAUGGACAUUUUAGUAUUGGUUGUAUUUUUGUAGUGAUUUCCUUGUAAAUUGUUCCUGUUCAAACCGGACUUUAUUGUGAUAAUACGCCGCUUAUUCACUAAAGUGAGACUUGCCAGGCGUUCCAAGCGAUUUUUCAAGUUUUAUGUUCAAAAUAGCCAAACUUAAAACAGAUUGACCGAUUUUUGGUCUAAAAUGUGAAAUUCGACUUGAAUUCCCAGCUAUCCUCACUUAGGUUACAACCAGUACAGUGUCUCGAAUAGAACAAACAUUGACCUCAGAGUCUGUAAAAGAUGUCAUAAUUUUUUAAAUGAACACCUGUAUAACAAAGGUGAAAGGUCCUUUUGUAAGCACAUGGUUGUUUGCAAUAUUUACAUAUCAUAAAAUAUUUGGAAUUCGUGAGGGGGGGAAGCAGAUUUUCAAUUUGGUGGAAACAUUUUAUUUUGUUGGAAAUUACUUUCAACACUGCAGUAAUACAUUGAAAAUCUCAUAUUUACUAAAGUGUGAAUGGACAGGGAUUCAAAAUGAAUUACAAUUUUUUAGACCAAAACAGCAAACGAAACCCAGUGGAAUUGGAUACUUGUUCCAAUUCAGCUAUUUAAAAAAAAAAAUUAAAAAAAAAUUGAAAUUCACAUUACACUGGCCCUCCCUCCUCAGUGUAAGGAGUCAAGAAAUUUAGUUCUUGACUGACAUUCGCCUGGCACCACUCCUCACCCCCUUUACCAAUGCUAGAGCAGCAGAAGUUCCUAUACAGGAACCUUUUGUAGCUAUCCUGAGCUAUUCAAUGCAGUGGUUAUGGUGCCCGGAGUGUUCCUUUUAAUUCACUCUGAAUCCCCAAUACCCAAGUACUGGUAAAUAAUCCUGUCUAUAAUUCAUCCUUGAGUAAAUAAUUCUGUUAUUGAGUCAAAAUAUUUUGAAAGCAACACUAUGGGUAUCCAGACCACUUUCUCACUUCCUUGAUUUAACCCUUGCAGCUGAAAACAUUGCUGUUCUGCAGUAAUGGCAAUGUUUUCCAUGCAGAGUAGGACAACCACUAGAGGCGCUUCAGCCGAGUGGCGUAAAACUUCUCUAUUUUAAUCAGGUGGUCCCAUAGAGGUAUGUUAGAGCUGCUCUAGCAAAAUUAUGACAUCUUUUACAGACUCUGAGGUCAAUGUUUGUUCUAUUCGAGACACUGUACUGGUUGUAACCUAAGUGAGGAUAGCUGGGAAUUCAAGUCGAAUUUCACAUUUUAGACCAAAAAUCGGUCAAUCUGUUUUAAGUUUGGCUAUUUUGAACAUAAAACUUGAACUCACAUUUUUAACCGUGGCAGCAGGGGCCCUGUCACCUAAACUGUGACAAGGGACUAUAACGCUAUGAAUACACAUGUGUUCCUACUGUUCCCUGAGAGUCAGCUUUCUUCAAUAAACUACACCUAGCGGUGCAGGACUUAGCUCACUGACGCUCUCAGCCAAUACGCUAGCUCUGCACUGCAGUGCUUGGCUAAUGAGAGCUAACAGAAUUUUCUGAAGAGGAGCUUCUGCCUCUCCCUGAACUGUAAAGGAGGGGCAGAAUAGCACACAGGGACCCUGGUAAGAAACAAACUGUUGUAAAAUGGUUUGACUUCUAACACUGGGGGAGGCUCCAGGGCACUCCCAGGCACCAUAAACACUACAGGUUGUAGUGGUUAUGGUGCUUAAAGGACAGAUUUCCCAUUAGGCAGAGUAAGCCCCUUCCUAGUAAUACAAAUAGUUGUGUAGGCGCUUCAAAUAUUUAGAAAGAAUUAGUGAGUGGGUUUCGAAAAAAGGUGUAAUCCUUUAUCACCUUAAAAACUAGUAAAUUAAAUCACACACACACAGUAGGUAUAAUAUUCCACCUAUUGCAGGUAUUAAUAAUACAGUUCCAUCUGAAAAACAAAUAAAACAUACAUCGUGCUCUCCAUAUCAUAUAAAAUAUAGAAAUUCAAGGUAUAUGUGGAAUUCCCAAAAAAGAAAAGCAGCAGUCAGAACAUUUGUUUAUCCUUUAGUUUAGUGAAACAGGCCAUCGCCAGGCUUAAUGAGAUCUUUGCUGCACUCCGAAUGGAAACACUGCCAGAACACACAGAGUAUGGCCUCCUCAGAAUGUCCGUGUGUUUAGCAUGUAUGCACAUGAGAAUGCAAAUAAUUAAAAGGAACCUAUAGUCUCGAAAAUAAUCAUAAUUUUUGGACCAUGGGUUUUCUUGCAGCAAACUCGCUAGUUACGGUCCACACCCAUUGCUCUGACAAAUUAAGUUUAAAUAAAAUGUAUUCAUCUCCUUUCCAGCACCAGUGUUCACAUCCGGUGACACAGCAUCAGCUGUGGCAUGUGUGUGGCUGCCUACUGAUGGGUCCAGAAAUCUGAGGCGGGUUAGGAGAUCUUAACUCCUCAGCGAGGUCCUGCAAGGUAAGUAAAGCUAGUUUCACAUAUACAUUAUAGUUAUGGCAUUCACUAAAGCACAGGGACAUGGGACACUUGGGGUUAGAUUUAGGGAGUAAUUUUUAGAGAUUUGUGACACCUAGGGAAAAAACAUUAACGUUUAAAAUUAUGUCUUAAGUUGAUUUUAGCCUUAUUCCUAGGGUUAAAGUAAGGAUUGAGAGAGGCUAAAUUUAUUCCUAACUUUAAUUUUAGCCCUCACUUAACCUUAAAUGUCCCAUGUCCUUGUGCUUUAGUGAAUUCCCUAACUAAAAUCUGAAUGUGAAAUUAGUUUUACUUCCCUUGCAGGACCUCGCUGAGGAGUUAUGAUGCCACAGGGAGUGAUGCAGUUAUAUCGCGCAUGCUCCCAGCCUGCAUCAGAUUUCUUUACCUGUUAGGAGUCCGACCACGCAUGUGCAGCACAGGCCACAACUGAUGCCGUGUCCCUGGACAUGACGUGGCUGAACCUUACUUUUUUGCUCCAGGAAGCAAGGUGAAAAGUCAGUGUAGGACCCACCUGGGAGAUUUGCCUUGAUGUGGCAGGUGGGCUAAACUCUCAUUGGAGCAACUAAAUAACCUCCAUCUGUUUAAAUAUGUAUAGGCAUUUGGGAAGGGCGCAGGUAAUUUUUUUUUUUUUCUUUUUUUUUUUCCUAUAGUUUUUACUGUAUGUAUUGGGGCUGAUGUGUACUGUGGUCUUUGCUGCCACCCAAGAGUAGUGGGAGUUUGAGCGCAGGACCUGUUUUUUUGUAUUUGAGCCUGACAUGAUGUGGGUCGAGAUUUCUGACGCAGUUUGGACUUCUGACAGAACAUCGGAACUCAACCACUGCAUCCUGAAGCUCCUCCUCUGGUGACAUUACUCGUGAUCUCCAACAAUCAAUUGCUUCCCCCUCCGCCCCCCGCUACAGCCAUUAUACUCUGCCCCCAUCCACCGCAGCUUCUGUGUAUCUCAUUGCAGUCUUUACCAUCCCUAUUCCCCACUACAGCGACUAUCUCCACUACAGCACCUAUACCUCUUUACCCCCAACCACAACUGCUCCUCAACUGUCUCCCCCAACACACACCAGUCUCUAUCACGGUAAAAUGCACACUACAGCCUCUAUUUUCUGCACACACACCACAGACUUGAUUCACCCCCAUACAUUUUCUUCAUCCCCAAUUUCCUUGCACACAAACCGCCUCAGUUGACCCACAGACACACACACUCUGCAUCCCCAUUUCCCAUUUUCUUCCCAAAACACAAACUAUAGCCUCUAUACAGCCACUAUACCCAACAAGCACACCAAAGGCUAUAUCCUCCCAAAUACAGACACUACAGCCCUUAUCCACAUACAGCCACUAUUUACUUUCCCACACACAUACUACAAAACAAACCGCUCCAUCUACAUACACAACCCAGAACCACACAAGCAGCAUCUCCCCUACACACGCAACCCUUCAAGCAGCUUACCCCAAAUACACACAAGCAACACCACAAGUAGCCUACCCUCACAAAUGCAACACAGCAAGCAGCCACCCCACACAUGCAACCCCACAAGCAGCAUCUGGACAAAGUCUGGAGGGCCAUGUGAGAAUCUAUCCCUUCCAAAGUAUUCCCUCUGGCUGCGUUGUUCAGCUUUUCCAUACACACCCCCUGCGUGUCAGCACAGAUGCGCGUGUACAAUUUCUACUUUGUCUGCUGCAGUCCUGAUCGCCACACGUCACUGUUAUUGGGAUUUAUUCUCAAUGUUUUUUCUUCACUUUGUUUUUGCUGCUAAAUAUCGGAUUUCAGCGUGAACAAAAUAUUAAUGCAAGUACAUGGUUUUGGUUAUAAAUAUGCCAUUUGCUCUAAGUUUCCCUUUAGUGACCGAUAAUGUCCACAUUUUAGUCAAUAAGUAACGUGUCACUAGAUUGUAAACACCUGUGAUAAUGGCUUAUUUUCCCAUUUUGAAAAAAAAAAAUUUCUAUUCCAAAAGAAAUUUUGCGUAAGCUGCUGUAUGUGGGCUAGAAGGGAAAGGAGACCGUAUUACAUGCAGAAUGUGGGAAACAAAUUCUCUCUCUCUCAUUGGACAUAGAACCCAAGGCUAUGUUAAUGGUCAGGUGGCUUCCAUGCAGUGCAAUCACACUCCAAUGUGCUAUGUUGCUCACCAUUCUUGGAAAGUGAGCAACAUCUGGAAAGGAAUACUGAAUUUUUAUUUUUAUUUUUUUUUUCUUCUUCAAACAAACACUACUUUCUUAAAGGGACUCUGUCAUAUGUCAGGUUAGCGUUUUAGUUUAGUAAUAAACUGUGCUAGCAGAUUUCUUUAAAUUAUGUAGGUGUACUUACAUGGAUUAUUUUUUUUCUAUAAAGUGAAUGCUGCAAGUAAAUGCCAGAGGUUAUGUGCUCAUCUGUUAAUCCCAAGCAUAGCAGCGUGUCACGUUCUGUGUACUUUGAAGUACUAGGUAUAGCGGGACAGCAGGCAUCAUGUGGAUAACUAUGAUUCCUGUAUGAUGUAACUGUUACUGUUGCUUGUCAGGUAGUUAAAGCAACUCUCACGCACUGUAGUGGUUAUGGUGCAAGGAGUGCUGUGGCGCCCCCAUCCCUAUUGUAAGGAGUCAAAACAUUUUAGAACAGGUUUAAUGUUUACUUGUCGGCUGGUUGCUGCUUUCUGCCUGCACUACUGCUCAGUGAGAGGUUGAAGCAAUUUGUGCAACUAACAGAACACUCCACACACUAUAGCCGCUACUUGAAGCUGUAGUAGCUAUGGUGCCAGGAGAUUGCAGGCACCAUCCCACAGUAAGUCGUCAAACUGUUUUUGUAUGAUUAAUAACUUACCUGGGUUAAUGGCCGCCGCUUCUGCUUCCAGUUUUUUCAGCAGAAUAAUCUGGGUAGCUCUAUGGAGCGCAGCAGUGCUAUGAAAGAUCCUGCCAGCUAAGCACUCUCAGGCAAUUAACACAGUCCUGGAUUAGCCAUGCUUUGUUUUAUAGAGACACCCGGCUUCUCCUAUAAAACAAGGUAAGUUCUCAAAUCAUACUGAAAUUAUUUGACUACUUACAGUGGCCUGUCGUGAUUACGGUACUUUUUAGUUUGCAAAGUCGCAUGGUAACAGCUCAGAGUACAAAGAUCUUUAAUGUGCAAGAACAACAUGUAAGGAGCAUUUUAUCUCCACUUAUUUUGCUUACUCUGAGAAAGUCAAAUUCAAAGGUCAGAGUUUUUGCUAAAUCUUUUGCGAUAUGACAAAUGGCUGGUAUAAUGACUAUGCCUGCAGUUUUUUUUUUGUGGUAGUUAUUUAAAAAAAAAAAAGUCUCUCUCCUGUACUGUUUACAAUUAUCUUAAAAUGAUCAUUUUCAUUUCCCCUUCUGAUUCCUGUGGUACCAAAAAGUGUUUUUGCAUUUGUAUUGGUUUAUGUACCCUAUGUGGGUUUCUAAUUGGUCAAUUUAAAGGAAUGCUGCUGUCAAAAUACACACACACAUACAUACUGACACACAUUACUUACAUACAUAUAUACAUACUGACAUACAUAUUAACAUACAUACAUACUGACAUGCAUAUUAACAGACAUACAUAUUAACAGACAGACAGACUACAUAUUAACAUACAGACAUACAUAUUAACAUACUAACGUACAUACAUACAUAUUAACAUACAGCUAAUUUUGCUUACCUUUUUUGCAGGUGGAAGGCUGUGGCUGAUGGGAGUCAGCGUGGCUCCCGCGGCCUGGCUUUUUUUCCCUCCCGCACGGAGGGGAGGGAGCUGGGAGGAAGUGACUGCCACUUCCUGCCAGCAGUACUUUGCGGCUGAGAUUUUUUUAAAGGGGCCCGGUCGCGCAGUUGCACCAGCGGCAGUUUCGGCGCUACACGUGGGGUCCGGGCCCCCCAGGGCUGCUGGGCCCGUGACAACCGUCAUGGUUGUCACCCCCUGAUGGCGGCCCUGUUGUCCAAUGAGAUGCCCGCAGAAAAUAAAGGUUUCUUAAGAUGUUCUGUGAAAGGGUUACUCAAACUUCCAUGACCACUUGAGUGAUUUGAAGUGGUUAUGGUGGUAUUCGCCUGGAUGUACAGUGUUUCUGCUUGCAAUACUGCAUGUGCAGAAUUAUUUGCACUUCUGUGCCGGGCGUAGCUCAGAACUCUAUUCCAGGCUGCUUAAUGUCAGUUCUGUGCAUAUUUUAUGUUUGUCAUCAGCACCCACUGCAAGCUGGCAACAGACAUAAUCUUCUAAUGUGCAGAGAGAGCACCUGCAAGGGAUAGAUCAUGUUCCCCUCCAUUACAUUCUUUUUUUUUUUUUUAAUUAAAAUUCACUCCCAUUCCAUUCGUUCCCCUGUCCUUUUGCGGGCUCAUAGUACAUAUGUUCUGAGUGUGCAAAAUGGUCCAAUCACAGGCUUCUCUAAGUGAGUCCUGUGAUUGUACUGCGCGAAGCCCCAUGCUUGCUGUAGCGGACCACUGGUAACCUGACUGGUUACCUCCACUAAACUGUCCUCUCAGCCAGACUGGAACCGUUUGUGAAUAUAGCUCUCUCCCCCCCCAUAUUUCACACACCCCCCCCCCGUAACUAGAUAAGACCUAGUUCUGGGAGUAAUCUGAUUUUAUUUCUCAGAAUGCAGCCUUUUAUGCUCAGACCCCCAGCAUGGGGUCUCCAUUCUCUUACACCGUGAUCCUGCCCAGAUGUCACUGUGUCUGGAAGAUAAUUGAGUCUAGGACCAAUAAGCUAAUUAUUUCCCCACAAGUUUUAUAUCGCUCUCGAUAGAGGGCCCAAACUUUCGAAUUAGCGAACUGAUCCGUGGGGUUAUGUAGAAACGCCACCCCCGGUAAUAUUUAGACCGACCGAUAGUGAAAACAGUUCCAGGUGAUUCGAGGCAUUGGCCAGUCUUUUAAUAGGGUCUCUGGAUGGUUGUGAAACUUCUUAUUAUUUCCAUUUAUAUGAUUUUUGUGCUUUGACAAACCCUCGAAGACAGAAUCCUUGAUCUUUAACAGACUUCGAGAAAAGGAUUGUCUAAAGUAAUUUUGUGAAAUGUAUGAGUGACAAUAUGCAAUUAUUGGCCUUGCCUAUUCAGAAGAUAAAGUACGCCUAAUACAGGGGACGAUUUUGAGUGCUUUAGGCAUAAUGUCCCUGCCCUUUCUGACUUAUUUCAUAAAAGUGCUAAUUUCAAGAGAAAUCUCCACUUUUCUACGAAAUGCCUUUUAUGAUGUCUCUUGGCUGUAAAGCAAACCACUUGUUGCUUCUCUUGCUUUAACUUAUAGUUCAAAGCGAAAUUGAGUCCUUCUUAUAGAGAAGCAGUGGUUUCAAUAGCCGCGUUUGCUGCUCAUGGGCUGUGUAUCCCAAUGGUUCUUUAUGAGAAGCAUCUGAUAUAAGUUAAUGAGCUUAUGGAAGGAGGGGCAAGGCUGCAAUGCAAUAGGUCUCACUUUGCUGGAACAGGGUGAGUUGUUUUUAUUUUUUUAUUUUUUAUUUUUUUCAUGUUAAACUGGUGGGGAGAAACCUUUUGCUUGGAAAAUAAAUGAAACCAAAUUGCUUUUUAGGAAGAGAAAAUGAGUAGACUAGGUUGAGCAGAAUUUUAGGUUUUUACAAUUUGUAAAUGAAUUCAGACUCUUUAGGGUAUUUUUCGUAAUGGUUUAAUCAAUUCUAUUUGUUAAAAUAUAAGCAUAAAUGGUAAUAUAAGUGCAUUAAUGGCACAAUGAAUUUUUGGAAACUAAAAGGGGUGGCAAUGUAUUUUCAAUGCACCUGUUUUAUCUGAAAUCGCAAAAAUGUAUGAAAAUGAUUCUUACUUGUUACUCCUGUUUGUCUACUGCUUGAAGGUGCCGUCAAAAAAGAGCAACUUGUUUCCUUUGCAUUUGCACUGUUAAAAGGACACUCCAAGUUGCUUAGGCACCAAUGCCCCUCGGACAGGUCCCUGUCUCCCCUAUGUGUGUGUAAAAUGUCAGAUUUGGCUACACUCUGUAGUCCUAAAAGAGGACCAAUGAAUGCACUGUCCACUGGACAUAUAAAUAGAGAGAGAAAUACCACAAGGUACACUCCCUUUCAUGGUCUAAGGUGAAUAAUUCCCACCAAUUCACAAAAUACAUUAAUAACCACCUCCUUCCAAUCCCUGAAAUAUUGUUCUGCAUACAGCCUUUACCUUUAUUUAUAGGAGCAGUGGCGUAGUUGGAACUUUUGCCCGGGGCUGCCUUUGAGUUUUCCGCCCCUAUCUCGACCUACGUCAUGUCUGGUGCAGUUGUGGACAUCCGUGGCUGCACCAGACAUACCUCUUUCAAGUACUCAACGCCUCUAGCCCAACAAAACAACCUUUUCAAGCGUUUUUUAAGAUAUACACCCAAUGAAUACAUGCAUGUAAUUCAUUGGGGGCAUAUCUAGUAAACAGUGAUUUUAUUGGGAGGGGGGUUGCCCAUUUGGGCAGAGUGUUCCUUUAAAUAAUUGUUACUGAAGCGCUUCAGUAUAUUUAACUUUUUAUUGGUGUGAAAGGACACGCUUAUUUAAUUUAAUUUUAUAUACACAUUUAAAAAAUAUAUACUUUUUUUUUUUUUUUUGGUGAAAGAUGCAGGGAGGGAGGGGGACGGUGCAUGGAAGGCGGGGGAAGAGAGGGUGUGGCGGGACUGGUGCCCAUCCGUGAAUUGUCUUGAUGUGAUUGGCUGUAUUUCCCCCAUGUAUUUGUGCAUAUUUGUAUGUUUUACCUGCUCACCAUUCGUGAGAGCUUAUGCGAACGGGUUCCGUUGGUUUCCAGAAUGGGGAACACCUCAAUACCCAAUUUAGAAUGUGGUCUUAGAACGUUCACACCUCGUAACGAGGUGUCAAAACCACAAACCGCAAGGGAAGCCUCGACGCGUGGUGGUCUGUUCAUUAGACGAAUGCCAUCUAGGGGGAGCAUUCGCAGAUUGCUUCCCACCUAGUUCGGUUCCCGAAUGAGGACCUCCUCAGUGCCCCUUGGAGUAUUCACACCAAUCAAUUAGAACGUUGGCAACUUGCAACAUAAGUGUGAACACACAAGGGAAGUAAUUAAUGGGUGUUUCCCUGGGUGGCCGCCGUUCGUAUAGACACUUCCCUUUGCCUGGUUUUACCCAGGGACCCCACGAGCGGAGGUGGUUACCGUUCUGGGGGUCCCUGAGAUUGGUAGGGACACUCUCUUGGGGACAAUGGCGGUUUGGCUGGCUUUCUGUAGCUGGGAGUCAGAGGCGGGAAACUUUCCCGCGCUGUGACUCCCAGUUACAGAGGCUCAUAGGAUAAAGAUCCCCUGGUCCUAGGAGGUGGGAAACCCUGCUGAUGGGUAGUAGGGACUGGAGUUCCUGUUACAUGCACAGGCCCCUGGGAGGGGGCCUGGAGUGGCGGGAACAGGGGACAAAGGGAUUGGGGUUCCGGUUCCGUUAUGUGACCCCUGGGAGGGGGAGAACCCUGGGAGUGGACAUUGUCGUUGUGUAUGAUCCACCCCUUGCAUGGGGAAAGUAUAAAGCAGAGUGUGGCCAAUAAAGUUGUUGUUGUACCCCUGGAACUGUGUCGUCCAGUUACUGGUGGGGGGGAGGGGGGGUGAGGAGGGAGAGAUGGGUCUCUUCAUUCUAUAUUAGCCGAGGUAACCUGUCGAGUUACCCUCUGCCCACUGUGCAGGGGAGGCGAGCUGUCGGAGAGGGGAUAUGUGCAGGGGAGAGAUCGGGACUGUCAGGGGGGCAGGGUAGAUGGGAUGUGUGCAGGGGAGGCAGGGAGAGAAGGGAUCUGUACAGGGAGGGGGCUGUGCAAGGAGGGGAUGGGAUCUAUGCAGGUGAGGGAGGGGGACUGUAAGUGAGGCGGGGGAGAGGCAAUCUGUGCAGUGAGGGAGACUGUCAGGGAGGCAUGGGAAGAGGGCAUCUGUGAUGUGAGGGGGCUGUCAGGGAGUUAGGGGGAGAGGGGAUUUGUGCAGAGGAGGCCGGGAAGGUGGGAUGUGUGCAGUGGAGGCUAAAAUAACAAAGUUUACGUUUAUGUGGGCCGCAUAAAAACAAAAUCUUCACCUUUUAUAGAAAUUUAUUUAGAAAAGUACAAUAUAAAAAAAGUUGCCUAACUGACCCUGCAUGUCCUAACGCUCGUAGGGCUUCAAAGUAAACAAAAAAGCUAAUUUAUUUUAAGGAGAUUUGAUUAUCUCAGCUAAUCCAAUGCUUUCCCAUAGAAAAGCAUUGGGAGGCUAUUGUGCAUGUGUGGCAAAAAAGCUGCCCUGCCAAUCAGCAUCUCCAUGGGCAGCGUUCAGUGCUUCCAUGUAGCUCAAUCUAAUACACUGCCUCCUCCCCCCAUUCUAAUAUACUGCCCACAAAUAUAAUACAUUACUCCCCUGUCACCCUCAACUCUUAUACACUGCCCCCUCCACCCAAUCUAAUACACUGCCCCUUCCCUCCUUUCUAAUUUUAAUACACUGCCCUAACACACUGGCCCCCUCCUUCCCCCAAUUUAACACCCUGCCCCCACCCCCACCACUCUGAUACACUGCCCACUACUUCCCCUAUUUAAUACACUGGCCCUCUCCCUCUCCCAAAUUAAUACACUGCCCUCUCCUAAAUUAAUACACUGCCCACUCCCUCUCCCAAAUGAAUACUGUCCUCUCCCUACCCCAAAUUAAUACACUUCCCCUCCCCCCAAUUUAAAACAGGAAGGUCCCCCAAGCCCUUCUUUCCCUACUUAAAGAUGAGCCGUCCAUCCGUUCCAGCCCUGCUCCUCUCUGCUGAAGCAGGCCAGAUGCUCCUCUGCAGACAGCCACUCUGCGCUCUUGCGGCCGCAAGAGCAUGCAAUCGCCCAUGGAAGGGAAAAGAAGAAUCAGACCUUGCAGCUGGUCACGGCCCAAGGGCAGGCGGGCCGCAAAGAUAUUCAUUGUGGGCCGCAAGUUUGAAGUGCAUACUGUAAAGAAAUCUAAAUAGACAACACAUGCAGAAUGUUCCUUGAUAGACGUUGGUUGCAACUUCUUUCUAUUUAUAAAGAAAACUGUAUUGAAGAAAUUGUUAUAAAUUGCUACUAGAUGUCAUGAUCUCUUUACCUUGCUCAUCUUAAGAUUUAAAUCUUAAACAUAUUGGCUUCUGUGUAAAAGCCAAGUAAGAUCAAAGACCUGCAGUUGACAGAAUAGAGGAAAUUGCCACAUACUAUGAUUUAUUGGAAUGACUAAAUGACAAAAUUAGACCAAAACUGCUUUGCGCUACUACGCAUGUUUAAGACACUACAAAUUCAGUCUUCUUUUUUUAUUUUUUUCAUUUUUUAAAAAUCCGUUGAAUAGAUAAAUUCUUCAGAUUUUAAGUACUUAGAAAGAUAGUUGGGUUUUAAGUUGCUAUGCUUAUUUCACAUAUUCCAGUGUAAUAGACAACAAUGUGCUUUUGUAACUGAAACUGUCUGUUACGCUAUUAUUGAUGACUCCCACAUUCCGUCCCUUCAGGCAGGUGUUUCUAAAGGUGUGUUCCCAUGUAAUAGAUUUAAUAAUGCCAGGAAUUCUAAUUUGUAUCAUCGUAAAUUCAUUGCAAUCGCUUGCAAAUACUGGGUGUCUUGCUAAUCUUGUUUCUAUUUUCAUAAAUGUUUUUAGAAAUAAAUAGCAUUUUUUUCUAAAUCUCUGGUGUUAAACCAAGACAACUUUAGAAUUAAGAAUACACUACAGACUAGUAGUACAUUUCCCAAGUAGCUGUUUUAUUGGAAAAAAGAUUUUUCACAUGUGAAGUUGCAAACCCAGGAAAAUGUCAAAAUAAUUUUCAUAAAAUGAAGUAAAAAAUUAUAUUCCAUGACGGAUAAAACAACAAUUGUAGGGCUUUUAUCAUUUAAAACCGAAUAGCAAUCUCAUAGGUACUGUUAAUUGCAACAGGGUGAAUAACAUAUAUUGUGUUUUUAUUCCAACUUAUCUUGCUUUUAUUAUUGAAUUGCUUAUUUCCAGAAUAUCAUGUUUCAAUGGGGUUUCUGACUUGUAUAUUCAAACCCACAAGCAUACAAUUUCAAAGGCCUUUAAAAUGUUGAGAAUAUCUGUGACAUUAGCCCCCAGAAUUUAUUUUAAGAAUAUCACUUAUGGAAAUUUGGGUUGGGAUUGUCACCCGUCUCCAGCUGCGACCUAUGGCCUAAUUUGAGAUCAGGUACAAUUGGCACAGCAGUUUCUUUUCAUAUAAUGGUACAUUGGGGAGGAAAUAUGAAAAAGUACCGGUUCAGGCUGCACAGCCACAUCUAUCCACACAAAAUUAGAAAAUGAGUGGUAAAGCCUCCCUAGACUAUUUGGAUAAGGGGGAAUGAUCACCAUACAUAUUGCAGCUUUAUCAUGCACCACAGUUCCUUCACCACAAACCCUGCUGAUGGCCACAAUGCCAUUACAUAAUGAUUUUUGUAAAUGGUUAAUAAAUGACUAGUACUGAAUGUGAGGCCCCUUAAAGGGAAACUAAAGUCACCCAGACCACUUCAGCUCAAUGAAGUGGUCUGGGUACAAUGUCCUUCAUGUUUCAACCCUUCAGAUGCAAACAUAGCAAUUUCAGAGAAACUAUGUUUACAUUUGGGGUUAAGCCAGCCUCUAGUGGCUGUCUUCCGGACAGCCACUAGAGGCGCGUCUACGACUCUGGGGGCAUAUUAUGCCCCCAAUCGCGCAGAGCAUCCAUAGGAAAGCAUUGAAAAAGUGCCGCGCAUUUGCAUACGGCUCCGCUGACGUCGGUGCUGGAUUAAGGUAAGCUGCUUAAGGGGUUUUACCCCUUCAGCGCCACAGGAGGGGGACCCUGAGGGCGGGGGCACCCUCAGGGCACUAUAGUGUCAGAAAAACCGCUUGGUUUUCCUGACACUAUAGGGAUCCUUUAAUGAGGAGUAGAAGUGUACUCAGUCCUCUGCAAUUUCUCUAUUUCCUGUUCCACUUACUAUGCUGGAAGACAUAAAGAGAGGGUAAGCAUAUAACACAUUAUUGUAAUAAUAUUCCUUGCAUAGGGAAGUUGUCCAGGAUGUAGACCCAGGAGUGUAUGAGAGCAACUGAAGUGUUUCUUUUGAUUAAAAAGUACUUCAUUGGUAGAAAUAUUUAGUGGGGCAUUGCCACAAACACAAUUUAUCUGAGCAAUGUGGAUUAGGGUUGCAAGCAUCUUUCCAAGCCAAGUGUUAAAAUGUACCAGCUGGAGUUACGUUGUCCGAUAGGUGAUGGUCUAGUGACGGGGAGGAAAGUGAGGCAACAGGAACUACUGUGAAGAAGUUUUUUAAAUGAAUCACUACAGCCCUGAUGCACCUCGUUACAUCCCUCCCCGCUGCCGAGUUAAAAAAAAAAAAAAAAAAAUCUAUUAAUAAAACAAAUUAGUAAUCUUUUCUCCAGCACACAGUCUCCCUCUGCUGUGCUGUGCCCUUCUUCUCUGGUUGUAUAGCAGUCCAAUCUGAUGUUACUCAUAGAGGAGCAUUGGGGAAAGUAGGCGCAUGCACAGCACUCUCCGCAACAUGCCUGCAAUUCCUCCAUAGAAAAUCAUUUAUAUACAGUGAUUGAAAAAAAAAAAGAAAAAUAAAUAAACCAAAAAACCAGGGCAAUCAUUAAGCAAAGGAGACGGAGAGAUGGUUGUGAUGCUGGAAAUAAGUUAAAUAGCAUUAAGGGGGGGAGGCAGGAUAUGUAAAUAGUGUUUUCACAACAUAUGUGUUCCUGACACUAGUGUUCCUUUAAGCAAAUUAAGGGAACAUUCUGGUCACCAUAACAACUUAAUCUAAAUGAAAAUGAUAUGAUGCCAAGAGGCCCCUGGGCGCUCUUUCUUUUAAGGGGUUAAACCGGCCUCAAAUGGUUUAACCUCAAAGGUUAAGUGGUAUUAGGCUUCUGAAACGGAGCGUCACGAAGUGCAGAUUAACGUCAGGCAUGGGUGCCGCUGACUGGCCAGAGUGGUCAGCUGACCGCUCUAGCCAAUCAGCGCCACCCCUACCCAGCGGCACUCUAUGCUUCCUGACACUCAGUAAAUCAAAGUGAACACAUUAACACUGAUAUUUUAUUAAUUUAUUUUUACCUGGGGAGAUGAGAAGGUCCAAAGUUUCCCUGCCAGGCCCAUGUACCAAAGCCUUAUGAUGUGGUGUUCAGAAUGAAGUGGAGGGAUCACUUCACUUGUCCUUCCUGCUCCAAUCUUCUUUUCUUCUCCUUCAUUUGUCUCCUUCACUCCUUUACCUUUCUGCUCCUUUCUCUUUCUGAUCACUUUCUGCUACUUUCGCUCCCUUCUGCUCCUUGCUGACCCUUUCUGCCCCUUGCUGACAAGUCUGUCUGUUACCAUGUUGAUUUCUUCUCCAUAUUAUAGUUGUUCCCACACCCUCCUAUAUACCAUAUAUAAUAAUUGCAUAUUUAUCUUAGUGGAUUGUAGCCACACAACCUGCACCUCUUGGCUUCCUAUCCUCCCAAUAUAAAGGUGCCAUUUGUGCCUGGAGAUUAAACACUAUAGCAUUAGGAAUACAAAUGUGUAUUUCUAACGCAGUACUCUCGUACUAACUGCUUAGAUGUCCGCCCCCCCCCUCCCCGUAUCUUAAGUUACCUGUUAGCCCUCUCCACAAUGUGCUCUUGCUGCCGGCCCCGUUGCCUUGGCUGAGAUUGUCAGUCUUGAUCAUGUUGCUUAAUUCAUGCUUCCCUAUAUAGACGUCUAGUGAGGCUAAUGCGCAUGUGCGACAUUGCACCAAUCAAAUGCUGCUGUAAAUAUGGAAUUAAUGAGAGCUGCCAUAUAGGGGAAAUACUAAAAGGAAAGCAUGAUAAAUGGAAAAAUUAGCAAAUCCUCAGCGACCACUCUGCUGUCAUGUGAAGGGGGAUGGUAACAAUUUGGAAAUGGAAAAAUAUAAGGAUACUUAACUAUCAAUAUUCAUCAUGCUGUGGAUUUCAUUAUAAUCCCAAAUUUGGGAAAAUCCGGCACAUGUAAAUGUAGUAGAAUGUAAAAUAAAAGGUUGUCAUUAAUCUAUCCACCCAUUUUAUAUGGAGAAAAUGACCUGUACAUAACCAGUAUGUACUAGAUUUGACCCCACCUCUACAUCACCCCGUAUCACAUGCAGAUCCUGUCUUUCAACACCAUUAAGUUUCCCCCAUUUACCUACGUUCUUCUCAUAUUUGUUUUAUUCAGACAAACAUGCAAUAUGUUCAGAUUUAAUACAAUAUAUGUUCCCAUGAGCCAAAUGUGUUUGUAUCAAUGUCUGUGUGUUAAGGGAAAGUACAUGUUAAUGUGAAUGUUUUUUGUGUUCUGUGUAGUAUGUGUGAUGUCUGUGAAUGUUUGAGUAGCGAAAAUUUGCCAUUACUUAAAAAAAAAAAAAAAAAAACAGAAAGAGAUACAAAAAUACAUACCAAUAGUGACCCAUAUAUGCACAAACACACAGUUACACAAAUACAGAUAAAAACACUCUGGUAGAAAUAUACAGACACAUAUCUGUCACGUACAGAGUCUCUCUCACACACACACACACACAAACAGGCACAUUCUCUGCUAUACGUAUAUACAGGCAUAAACACACAUGCAUAGACCUAUUUACAGCCACAAAAUCAAAGCAUACAAAGUCGAAUUCAAGGAUACACAUAUAUAGACAUAUAAUCACUGAUACAUACGUUAUAAAACCUUAAUAUUUUUCAAAAAUAUGUUUUAUACAAUCGUGGUGUAGACUCCCCUUUUCGUGAGGGUUAUUUCCCAGACACUAUUUUCAGCGGCUGGUCUUGCUAAGCCCUGAGGAAGCCUGCUGACGGUCAGAGGAGAUGCCAACCACCUUACAACGGAAAGUAUUGCGAGGAACACAGACCAUUUAUUUAUUUUUUACUCCCCGCCCCCACCCCCCCUCCCUUCCAAAUACACACUAGGAAAGUGGGUGAAUGUGACCAGAAUAUGAGCCUCUUCAUUCUGAAACAUGUGUGACUUAGGGGAACCUCCAGACCAUGCAUGAUGAUGUGAUUAUUUGAACAUAAGGUGUAUGCAUUCAGAGUCCUACAAUAGUGGGUGCAGAGGUUUAAACACUGUAAAUGCUCAAACACUACAGGCAAGGCAAGACAGCCGUGAGCGGUAUGUGAAUUCGUAAACUGUGAAUACCGCUCAAACUGCUCAUGUCCAUGAAAUGCCCAAGCCCAUGAAGGUCAUUGAAUAGUGAAAUAAGCUAGCAAAAUCCAGAUGUACAUGCAAAAAAAUAUUAAACCGCAGACAGCCUAAAGAGACAUCCCACGCUGCUGGCUUUGCUGAGCCAUGUCCAGAGACCCUGCAUAGCCACACCACUGACUCUCCCAAUUAUGGUUUUCAAUUAUGGCUUUCAAAGGAAGUUGAUAUCCAGAAUGUAUUGUGUAUACAUGAUUCCAGGCAUGAAAGGGUUAAAGACCAUAUAUUGCACACAGUCUACGUGUAUAUCUUUUCCCGUUUGUAAGCUUACCUACUAUCUUAUGGGCACCAAAAAUGGUAAUACUUUUUGCCAAAUAGUCUCUAAAGUAAAUAAAGGUGUAAUGAAAACUUAACACUGAUAAGCAUGCUGCACCAAUAUAAAUCGGGACCAACUACUUUUAAGUAUGUGCAAGUAAAAGCAAAAAUAUUAAAAAAAAAAGGUUCUCAGCAUGAUGCCAGCUCGGGUACAAUAUCCGUAUAUUUUAUGAUGGUUACCAGGUAUAAAUUGUUAUAUGGCCAAAACAUAGUUAUGUUACUCUAACCUUGGUCCACAAUUUGCCUUUUCAGGCUUACAGUGCCUUACUGGGCAUUGCAAUUAGGUCCCCCACCAAGAAGAUUUUAAAAAAAAAAUAAAGAAUUUACUAGCAUUUAAUACAGCGACAACAUAGGGGGUCUCAUGCGUUCUAAUCAGUCUUCUCAUAGACUCAUUUAAUUGGACUGUGUUGCCGGCUCAGAGCACAUGUGCGCAGUAUUACCCGGUAUGAGGAGGGGGUAACAGUAUAAUUUUAAAAUAAAUCAAUAAAACCACAUGUGAGCAACAGAUGCGUACAAUAUGCACAGAGUUGACAUCACGUGCGCUGGGAGUGCAACUAGCCCACAGAACACAAUUAAAAUUAACUCUGAAUUUGCAGAGUUUCAUGCUGAAGCACUGCACAUCCAGGCUCCUACAACCAUGACCACUUCAAAUCACAAAAGUAACGUUUAACUUUCCUCAUUAGAGUUCUUUUGCAUUGAGCAAGCUUCAAGAUAACAAUGUGACUUCUGUGUAUCCACAGGGUUAUCAUGCUGGUGCUGUCAUUGUCCACAAUGCAUUGUGGAUUCCAGUUGAAAGAUCGAUUUAUAUAUUCCAAAACUAUUCUUGACCCCCAGCAUAGGGUCUCCAUUUAAUGCAUUCAGUGCCCGCCCAGGCAUCUUUGUGUCUGCACGAUAAUUGAGUUAUUGUCCGCUAAAUAAAUUAUCUCCCCCAGGUACAGAGUGCCAAACAUGGGAAAAAAACAAAACAAAAUACAGUGAAAACACACAGGCACCCCACAUAUCAUACAUCCCCAUAUAGCUCUGGUCCGAGCACCCAUGUUGGCCAAAUAGCACCCGGAUCCAUAAAGAAUUGUCAAAUUGGCACCGGGGUAAAGUUUUUACUGGCGGCAAACAAGGACUAAGCCCCAAAUAGUUACAGUGUAAUCUGCGCUUGGGCCAGUCAAGUAGCGGGAGUUCCCGCACUCAAACGAAAGGAGGCUGCCCCUAGUUCUCAGGGAGCAAUUGUUCCAAUUAGUCUGUAGUACCUUUCUUCCAAAUAGCGCUCUCCUGGCAGAUCGGCAAGGGGGUUAUAACAGUGGGUCAAGGUGACCGGGAGUCGCAAGGUUAAGUAGCCGUAUAUGAGUUCCAGGAGGUUUGCAGCUAAGUACUGCUGGGGACUGUGUAACUGAACAACUGCCAAGGAGGGCUCUUUCGGCAAUAAACAUUUGGGAGAAGGGAAGGCACCAUGGGUAUAGUGAACAGGUUUGUUUUCGGGGAAAAGUUAUGUGUACAAGUACAGGGUCCAUCACAAAAAUAAAUGUUUUUACUAAGAUGCCUUUAUAGGAAAAAUCUACCUAGAGAUAGUUUUCUAUUCACAAUACAUUCUAGUCCAAAGGUUAUUCAGCAUAAAAUAUUGAUUAAUUCUAUAGCAUGCCGUUCUUAGCCAAUGGUUUGCCCCAUUACCAGAAAACGGGGCCAGGGUACACCUCACAUCAUACAGCAGGUUGUAGUGGGUAUGAUGGCUGUAGUAACCCUUCAGUUGUGAUAAAAUGCACACUUUCAAAUCAAAAAUAUUCUAAAAUAAUAAUACAAAGUUCAGAAAAAGACCUUAAUCCCAUUGUUAUUCUGCAAAUCUGUGCACGUAAUGCACAUAGCUGUAUGAGGGAUGCUUUUCCAAAACUAUUUAAACAGGACAUUUCAUGCUGGAAUUAGAUUUUUAUGAGUCAGAUAAGGGUGACCUUUAGCAGUUUAAGAUGUUGGUAGUUUUGUUAUUUGGUAACUUACUGUACUAUAUGUAUACUAUACUAAUGAGACAUCGCACUAUGGUAAUUCAGUGUAAUUAUAAAGGGUUUUAGCUGAAGUACAUUAAAAUGUAAAACUGGACGUUCCGACUAGAAAUAAUAAUUACAUAUUUUGCGUGGCAUAAAAAAAUGUUGACUGGAAAGGAUCUUUGUUUGACUUGUAGGUAGCAAAACAAGGUGGUGUGACUGGGUGUGACAUGGCUAAAGUAAAUACAGUAUACUACACAGUUAUACCCCUAUCACAAUGUCUAGCAAGCAGGGACAAGCACUGGAACUAGAACAGUCACAUAUGAAAAUGUUUUGUCUGCUAAAAUCUACUCUUCAUUUUUAAAUAAUCAAUAGAAAAGUAAAAAGCACUUCUACUCUGGACUUCACAUAUCGCCGCAGAAACAUCUACUAAAGGAACUGUGUAAGCACCAUAACCACUAAAGUCUACUAUAGUGGUUAUGGUGUCAGGAUUUUUCUUGAUAAAUAGUCAAACCGGUUUGGAAAGUCGCAGCCCCUGUUUCAAGUCUUCUCCUAUAGGAGAAUCCAUUUAGUUCUACAGAGCUAAGCAGGAAUGCCGGACUGCACAUUUUGGCGGAAAGCGGCUGCCAAUUAGCAUAGCCCAGGUUUAACUUUAUAGUGACAUCUAGCAAAGUUCAUAUUUGUUAACUCACAAGGUCUGUCACUUAGGGAAUAAAGACAUUACCUGGAAACCACUUGUCAGAGAUGGCACCUUCCUCUGUAUUACACAGAGUAUACAAAUAAGGCCAAGCUAUGCAACCUCUGUUGUUGUGUUGUUUUUUAUUUUUUUUAUUUUAUUAUUAUCAUUUUAUUUUUUUCUUCCAGGUUUUGGACAGUUGCAGCAACUAUAAUAAACCUUUUUUUUUUUUUACUUUAAUAUGCAUAUUGCUCAUGUGCCUGGAUUGUUGCUUGAAUCAUGUGGGGUUGUUUUUUUAUUUUUUUUCAUUUAAAAGAGUACUAUAGUGUUAUAAAUAGUAUUAGUAUUACUAAUGCGAUAUAGUAUUCUAUUAGCUAUUUAGGUGUACUCCCCUUGUAACCCUCACUGCACUCCCGGUCCUUCUUGGCUAAGAUUAUGAAGAUUGAUGAUCAUAUAGGGAAGCAUUGCGAAGCUAGUGUGCGUGUGCUACAAAAAUUGCCGCUCUGCGACAUUCAAAUGCUCUAUAGAAGCAGCAUAUUAUUGAGAACCGAGUCUGACUCUGUUCUCACAGCGGAAGCACCUCUAGUGGCUGUCAGGAAGACAGCCACUAUAAGUAUAUUAACCAUGCAAUCUAUUUUACUGCUGAUCAAUAUCGGUUUAAAGAAUAUUGAUCUAUGAAAAAUAUUGAAAAUCAAUUAUGUACUUAGCAUUGAAAAUAUUGGAUUUCGCGAUUCAAUGCCAUUCAUCGAGGGCAUAAUCCCUGAUAGGUGUCCUUGAAAAUAUCAACAGGAUAAAGCUGUAUAUAAAUGCAUUUUCUGACUAUUUGCUUGCUGGCUGAGGCAUGGUGAGUGGGGGCAUGGGGGAGGUAUAAAACCACCCUCAUAAUUGUUUUUAUGACUAACAGGGUGGCUGGUCAUUUAAAAAUAAAAAGCAGUACAUGUGCUUCUGAAGCACAUUUAUUGUUUUGUUUUUUGUUUUGUUUUUUUUCCCUCUUUUUCUCAGGCAGCCUGUUUAUCGAGUUCAGCUGCUAGAAUAACGCCUGGCGUUUAAUAUAUUCAAAAUUCGAUAAAAACAUCAGAAAUGAAGUCAAUCAUUUUUUACUGUGUUUUGCCCGGAGAAUGUAAUUAAAGCCAUAGUGUGCAACUCUAUGUGAGUACUGCUCUCUAGCACUCCUAGAAUUAGAAUCUUGAAAUACCUCAUAUAGUCAACACUACAAACUUCUGAAAUGCUUUACGUGUGAAUUGUUUUUUUUUUUUUUCAUUUUAUAAAAGCUCCAGAUUUCAAUGGCACAUAUAUAAAUUAACCUUGUUACACCCUGCCUGGCUGUCAGACAACAGGUCCUGUUAUUUCCAAGUUUCGGUGAAUCUGAACUCAAGAGGCAGAGAAUUGUCCAGGGCACCUGCCUUGCAAAGACUUCUCAUUGGGAAGUCUGUGAUUGGACAUACACAGAAGGUCUGGGGAACAAGGAGAGGGCUUGCAAAAACUGCACACAAGAGAUCUGCAGCUUUUACAAGCUGUUUUUAGAUAUAACCCCAAUGAAAAAAUGCAUGAUUAAAUGCAUGCAUGUUUUCAUUUGGUGUAUCUCUACUAAAUAGUUAUAUAUUGCAUCACUGUCUUUGUUUCCAAGCACUUGUUUGAGAGGUUAGGAACUAAUAAACUACAUAUAUGGGACCAGAUUAAUUUAUGCUAUUAUUAAAACAAAAUAUAAAUGUUACUUCAACUGUCAAAACAACUACAUAUCCAAGCCCUAAUGGCUGGGCAUUACAAAAUUGAGGCUUUACAGAAAACCAGGUGUAUUUACAUACCUCUAUAGCUUCCGACUGGCCAUACCCGCAUUCGGAUGUACAUCCUGACAGUCACAAUGUAGCAAAACUUGUUCUGCAAGUUCUCCAUAGACUACCUUGCAUUGAAUUCAGUGUAUUCUUUUUCAUAUUAUUAUAUUGAUUGAUUGAUCAUUUUCACUCACCUUGUGGAAAGUUUGAACCUUUGGAUUUGUGUUCACUUCCCAUAACAUUCAGAAAAAAGCAAAUCUCUAUGUAUCCUUCCUGGUGAAAAAGCUUAUAAAGAAAUAUUCUACCUCCAGGAGAUAACUAAAUACAUCUGUUUUAUGUGAGUUGGUAAUAACUCUCUUUGCUGCACUAUGGCACCUUUCCUGUGUUUAUGCUUCAAUUUGUUAGCCCAAAUAAACAUCAUAACAUAACAUCCUUUAAUAAGGGUUGUACAACCAUGUUCAGCACUAGUUUUCAUUGUUAUCUAUAGUGUACUACUGUAGGAUCUUGUACUUGCAGCUACAUGUAUUUAUUAAUAAUCUGCCUGUUAGGAUUUGAUUGGAAAAAUUGUAAUUCACCACCGUUUCUUGUCCCCUCCCACUCCUGCCCCCAUGCUUGCCACUCCUAGCUGUAAAUACCUUGAUGUAACGGUUUAUCUACUCCUUCCCUAGGCCCAUUUCCCAUACCAUCUUUACUGCAAGCCUCUAAAAUUCUACUUGGCUCAACCCAUGCAACCACCCACCCAGGUUCCCCCUAAAUUUAUAGCAUGCUCCUCCAGCUGUUUAAAAUUCUCACUCACUUACCUCUUCAUUCCCUCUAUAUUCUACCAAUAGCUACAACUCUCUGUUUACUUAUUUAGCUAUCACUUCCAAAUUUCCCCUGCCACUUCUUGUCUCAAAUCCCCAGGGUAACCUUUAGGUUGUAAGCUCAAAGGCUAUCUACCUAUGCACUUUGUAUAAAAGAGCUUAAAUGGCAAGAUUUCAGCUUACGGGCAGGGCCCUCUCUACCUUUCGUAUUGGUCUGUCUAUAUUGUAUGUUCUCUACUAAUUGUACAGCGCUGUGGAAUCUGUUGGCGCUUUAUAAAUACCAGUAAUAAAUAGUUUCUCAAAUUUAUGUAAGUUGCAUUUGUUUCUUUGGACUGCACUUUGUGUGAUGUAACAUUGCUGCACUAUGUUAAUCUUUUACCACUUUUUAUCUGUCCACAUAAUUGUUGUGCACUUCAGAACUGGCCCAUUCAGGCAGUGCCAGGCUCGCAUCCAAUUAAAGCUGGUGGUGUGUGGCCGCUUCUGUCAUUCCCCACUGUGAUUAACCUCUGUUAAUCCUCUCUUUGUUCGUGAAAUAACUAUUUCACUACCCCUGGCUCUGUGCUUUUCCGCCUCCAUGCUGAACACCCGAAAGCGCCUCUUCCCUGGUGGGCAUGAGGUCCCCAGCAGAACCUAGUACCAAAACACCUGGAACACUGGCUCUGUCACAUCACUUCCCCAUUCCUGGUCAACUUACCCCUCUGUUUUACCCCACUUUCCGACCUGCCAGUAGGGCGCUUUUUGGAGGGAAGGUACUAUGGACUGAAAGGACAAAUUGCUCCCUAUGAGUAGGGAGGAGCCCCCAAUAAUUGUCAGCAUGGAUUUUGCUAGCGGUCGGCUCAAUCUUUACCGAUUUACACAAUUCAUCUAUUCUCAAAGGACCCAUGCUAUUUUGACAACUUGGGAGCUCUUAUCGGAGCUAUCAGGGGAUAUAUGAUGUGGUGUGGUUUCUGUUUGUUUUCAUGUGUUUUUGGAACAUUUUCAUGUUGGGUCCCCUGUAUCCAGGAGAUAAUUAGCUUAAGUGAUGGCUAACUCAAUUAUCACCUUCCGAGAAGAGAAGCAUUAGAUUAGAUGAAAAGCAAGGAAGCAAUGCCUGGGGGACGACGUCACCAGAGGUGGAGCGAGUGGCAGCACUGAGUCUUGGUGCUAGGAAAAAGGCAAUUGGAAAAACUGUUUUUCCUCUUCCUUUUUUUAAACUGUAUUUAGAUAGGGAAGAGAAUGCUAUAACGUUAUGAAUACAAAAUGCUAGUUAUAAAAAAAUCUCCAGGCUUCUGUGGGUUAGUGAAUGGCCUACCAGGUUCGAGACCAGGGAUAUGCCUAUGUAUCUGUCUAUAUAUCUAUCUAUCUACCUUCAGCACUCCAGAUGUAGUGGGCUACAUCCCCCAUAAUGCUCUUACACCCAUAUUGCUGGCAAAGCAUCAUGGGAGGUGUAGUCCAAAACAUCUGGAGUGCCGAAGGUUGCAUAUGCCUGUGCUAGACUAAGGGUCUGCAUUGCACCAGCCUCCAUUAUGUAAAAGGGAUACUAUAGGCACCAAAACAACUGUAGCUUAAUUAGGUAAUUUUAGUGUAUGGAUCAUGAGUCUGAAGUGUCACUGCUCAAUUCUCCCACAUUGCCUUAAUUUGUAAAAUGUGGUAAAUGUAAGCUCCUGUCAGCUCCCUUCUCUCUCCUCUGGUCCGGUCAGCUCCACUGCAAGUCUCACGAGAGCCGCAGGGGUCAGAGCACGGCAACGCUCCGCGCGGCACUCAGACCGCGAGACUUACAGGGGAGCUGACCGGACCGGAGGAGAAGGGAGCUGACAGGAGCUGCAGGAAAGGUAAGUAACAACUCUCUGCCAGCCCCCCUCCUACACAGCCAAUGCCACUGGACCACCAGGGAAUGAGAGCCCCCCUAUCUGGCCAGCUAACAAGCAGGGAGUGGGGACGAAUACAAAUAAAUAAAAAAUUAAAUAAUAAUAAAAAUAUUAAUAAUAUAAAAAAAAUAUUAAAAUAAUAAUUAAAAAAAUAAAAUAAAAAUGCCCACCCCCCACCAAGGCUCUACAUCAUAUACAUACACACACACACUGCAUUCAUACACACACCCACACUGUAUUCAUUAUAUAUACACACACUGUAAAUAAAUAUUCAAUUAAUAUAAUUUUUGGGGGGUGUAACGGAGCUCCCUGUACUCCGACCGAGUACCCUCCGUUGAUGGAUGCUCCUAGCGCUUCCUGAGGACUCCAAACACUGCAGCAGACACCACAACCACCGCAGACUCCACAACCGCCGUAGCUUAACUGGAGUCUCGCCGUCUUCCUUCCACCCUGGAUCAGCUUCUGUCCUCCAGGACCGUGUGGGGAAGACCUCUCCUCCAGGAGAGCGUAACAGGAACAGCUCUUAAAAGAGCUAAGUGAUUAAAAGCUCAGGGGAGUAUGCAGAGCAUAGCAAUCCCCAGUGUGAUAUAGCAGUUCCCUCCAAUAACGAGACAAGGCUACGUAUUGAGGGUCAAGAAGAUCUGAUGUUUAAUGGCACACACUCUGCUUUUAUGAGAUUCUGCCCAUGCAAGGGAGACACCCACAUAAUUAGCAGUAUAACCAAUCGGAACAAUAUACAUUCGGGGAAAUUCCCAUCCCUCAGAUAAUCACAUAACAUAAUUAAAACAGAACAGUAAAAAUACAGUUUUUAUACAUGUACUAUAACUUCCAAACUACACAUCCAAUCUUCAUAAAAAUUACAUAUUUGGAAUCAAUCCAUUAAGGGGAGCAACAUAUUAAAAAAUGGCACAAAUCAGACAAGGGGUUCAAAAGUUAGCAAAAGUGUAUUUUGGGGCCUGGCUGGCAGCAUGGUUUUCUGGCCCAAACCGGUUUUACAGAGGCCUCUAUCCUGGACAAUGGGGAAAGUAAUCCAAUUAUCCAGGGAUAGAGGCAGACUCCAUUAACCACAUGUUAGCAAAAGACACAAAAAGACACAAAAAUACAUAACUCCUAUUGAACUGAACAGAACCCCCACAUUCAACCUAUCCCCAGAUGGCUUGGAUCUGAGCGCUCAAUAUAUCCAAACAGCGCUCAGAUCCCACAAAUACAGUCAAAUCGCCAUACACACUAGGUCCAUAGUCAUGGGGCAGAAGGCUGGCAAUUAGGCUUCUCCAUAACACAGGGAAGCAGGGCAAUUUGUCAAAUAAAAUAACAGUUACAAAUGGCAGUUUGUAACAGGGGGAUAUAAUUUUAUUUAGAAAUUUACCAGUAGCUGCUGCAUUUCCCACCCUAGUCGGGUCAACUUAUACUCGAGUAUAUACGGUAUAUAUUUUUAGGAGUAUUUUGCUGUCAUUUUCUAACUGUUCACUAGAUGGCGCUUUAGGGUCAUUGUAAUCAUACAUGUGCGUAAUACUUUGAUACAAAGUUAUUGUUUUUAGAUAUCAUGUCUCGUUUAUUAAAUCACUUUUAUGUACAUUUAUGGCUAUUUUUUAUUCUUCAUUAUUUAAAAAUUUAAUUUUUUUUUUUUUUUUUUUUUAAAUCCUAAGCCAGGCAGUUCUGGGCAUGGAAGAUGUGAUAUUGCAUAAAAUAGUGCAUCUUUAAUAGCAACAAUACAUUUGACAUUUAUUUUCCACUUUUUUUUUUUCCAACACUGAUUUUAUUUGAAAUAUACAUAACACAAAACAGAUGAGCACUUCCUAAAAAUGAAUGGACCAGCACAGGGCUCAAAAUUUUGACUCGCCACUAGCUCUUCGGAAGUGAAAAUUUAGCUCUGGUGAGCAUACAAUAGCUUGCAUUGGCAACAUGGGUGAACCUAGGGCAUUUGGCACCCGAGGCAGGUCCUUUGUUUGGCACCCCAUUUUACCUGAAUUUUAUUUUUAAUUUUUUUUAUUUUUAUUUUUUUAUGUAUAGCACAAAUUUGUAAACUUUAUAAAACGCAUGUUAGUUCCUUCUACAAAACCCCUGUCCUGUCCCUCUCCUACAAAACCCUGCACCCCAGACACCCAGUUACAGGCAUACAGUCACACACAAAGUUACAGGCAUGCAGUCACACACACAGUUACAGGCAGACACUUACACACACACACACACACACACAGUCAGUUACAAGCAGACAGUAACAUAUACAGUCACACACACACGGUCACAGGCAGACAGUCAUAUUUACAGUCACAUGCGCACACACACAUAGUUACAGUCACACACACAGUUACAGGCAGCAUCAAACAGUCACACACAUGGUUACAGGCAACAUCACACAGUCACUCACAGGCUGACAGUCACACACAGUUACAGGCAGACAGUCUCUCUCUCUCACACACACACACACACACAGGCAGACAGUCUCACACAUAGCCACAGGCAGUCAUGCACACACACAGUUACAGGCAGACAGACACACACACAUUCUUACUUACAGACAGUGGGAUGGAGGAGGAGUGGAUUCAUUGAAGUCAUUCCUUGGAGCCUGUUGGAGAAGCAGGGAUUCCUUCUUGCUGCACCUCCAUGUGCAGCGGGUAAGGGCGCGUUGAGCUCCACCCCUGCUGCCAGUUUGGCUCUGCCCUGACUUUUCUUAGCUCCACCUCCACUUUCCUACCGUGCGGCCAGUUCAGCUGGUAAUUGCUGGUUUCUGUGUGUGUAAGCUGUGCCGGCACCCCAGCUGCCAUCGGGCACAGCUCCUAUAUCUCCCUCCAGCACCCAGACCAGGAUCAAGGUUCCCCUUAGUAUGCCUCUGAUUGGCAAGUAACUUUUACAGCCUGGCUAGUAACAUACAAUUUAAAAAUGUAAGUCCUGGUCCAGAACUCUCCAAAAAUAAUGUUGGGUCACAAAGCAGCACAGGUGCACAGUGGUGGGGGUGGGGGGUAAUUCCGUUAUCUGACACUGGACGUCCUCACGCUCUGCACGAUUACCUGCAGUGUCAGAUUUUCCCCGUAGGAUUGAUUCAUUGAUUUGAUUCAAUGCUUUCCUAUGGGGAGGUCUAAUGCGCACGCAGCAUUUGCCGCGCAUGCACAUUAGACCCCGCUCGUUGCGGGACGGUGGAGGGGGCGGAGCUUCAACCCAGCGCUGAGGGACAGGUAAUUAUUUACUGGGGGGGGCACGAGAGCGUAUCAGUAGUGACAGGAAUACAGCUUUGUAUUCCUGGCACUACAGUAUCCCUUUAACAACUUUUAACCCCUUAAGGACACAUGUCAUGAUUCCCUUUUAUUCCAGAAGUUUGGUCCUUAAGGGGUUAAAGUAAAUGGGUAGGAAUGUAAUGCUGCCAUUGUAUAAUGAUCUGGUAAAAUGUAUAGUAAGUAUGAACAUUUUUUUUCAUACAUUUUUUCUUAUUCCUGAUCAAACAUGGCAGCAUUUACUUAUGGCUUACACCCAAUCAGUAUAUAUAGUGGGAAGGAUAGAGUACAAAUACAGCUAAUGGAUACAAAAAAAAAAAACAUUUAUUGAGAUGCACAAACCUCAGAAAAAGACUGCCUUGCCUUGAAGGCGAGCCGCGAGUUUGACAUGCUUUCUAAGGCAGAGUAGGCACCUGCUCUCCCCACAUUGCAGGUGCCUACUCUGCUAAAACUUACCCGGCAAGGAGUAGAGGUUGCUGGCUGCAGCGAGGGAGCUCAGUCUUCCUGCUCCUCACUGGUCCCUAGCGUGCACCGCCUGUAGUGAUGCCGGAAUAUGAGGUAAUUCCGGUACCACUAAACUGCCCGCGUGAGGGAGCAGGUAGGAGAAGAUCCCCACUGGACCCCAGGCAGCGGCCCCACACUAGCUCCCAAAGGUAGGGAACAAUAAAUAAAAUGGUGUGUCUCUGUCAGUGAGUGUGUGUUGGUCAGUGUUGCGAUGGCCGUGACUGGACAGUGGAGGAACUGGAGUUGCACGCAAGGCCACGUCACAUUCCGACGUGAUGUCAACGUGCCCCACCUUCACAGGGUUUCAAGAAAUAGCGGGAUAAUCCGUUUUGGCACAGGGUGCGGACGGUGCCAUUGGGGGUAUACCAGAGGCUGGACUUCGAAGUCUCAUACUGGCAGCGGCAAUGUGAGUGAAGUCUGCUUGUUGGCUAAUAAUGUUUUUGUUUGUUGUUUUUUUUAUUUUGUUUUGUUUUUUUUAAACAUUGGCUGGGGUUUAGAAGAGGGAGAGGGUUGGAGGGGGGGGGGCUGGGAUUUAGUAUAGAGGGAGGGAGACUCUGAAUUAAUAUAGGGUGGGGAGUGGGGUUUAGUAGACGGGAUGCUUUUUUUUUUUUUUUUAAAUGUAUACUGUACCUUUCAAAACAAACCUGUUUCUAUAAAAAAAAUUAAGGUGUUUUUUUUUUUUUUUUUCUUUUCUUUUUUUUGCCGCCCACAUAAACUUUAACCUUGUUUAUUUGGCCCAUGAUAGCCCUUGAGUUUGACAUGCUUAGUUUAGGGGGUUGUUCUAUUUAUACCAAUUUCAGAGUUCUAUUUUCUGUCCCUUCUUCUGUGAUGGGAAGAGCUAACCCAAUAGUAAAUGCCAUGUUUGAUCAGAAAAUCUAAAUAAAACCCCAUGCCGCUUGUAAACUGGAUAUAUUAGUGUGAGUGGCAACGUUAAAGGGACACUAUAGUCACCAAAAUAAUUUUAGCUUUGCUUAAUGAAUCCGUUUUAGUGUAUAGAUCAUGCCUAUGAAUUUUCACUGUAAUAUUUCAUUGCCAUUUUGGAGUUAAAUCACUUUUGUUUCUGUUUAUACAGCCGUUGCCACACCUCCCCUGACUGUGACGGACAGAGCCUUCAUAAGAACAAAAUAGUUUAAUUUUCAAUCAGAUGUAACUUACUUUAAAAGUGUUUGUCUCCUGCUCUGUAAAUUGAACUUUAUUCACAUACAGGAGGCUAUUUGAUGGUCUAGCAAGCUAUUAACUGAGCAAAGGAUAAGAAAUUCUAAAUUAAACAGAAUUUGCAAUAAGGAAGUAUAACAAUUAGAUCACUCUUUACAGGAAGACUUUAGAAAGGCUGUGUAAUUCACAUGCAGGGAGGUGUAACUAGGAUGCAUUAACAAAGUGAUUUAAUUCCUAAAUGGCAGAGAAUUAAGCAGUGAGACUGCAGGAGCAUGGUCUAUACCAGGGGUAGGCAACAUACGGCACCAGUGCCAUGCACAGCACUCAAGGUGUCUUUGCAUGGCACUCAAGGCUGCUAGAGCCAAACAGGCUCUGGCCUAUCAGGAGUCCCAGUGAAACGUCAGAUAUCUGCUAAUACAAAAAGGACAAUCCUCAAUUUAUGCAUUGCAGCACAUAGAGUAAGUGAUCUCUGGUCCCUUCCUCCCAGCACUUGUGAAUGGGAAUCCACACUGUGGUAGAGCAGCCCACAGCGGAUAUUGCAGCUCCUGCCCUUCACCUGUACCUGGCCAGCCUGGUGUCCACUGGAACCUAGGGAAGCCACCCAUACUGCUAGAUCUACACCAAAAUGCACAAUAACCCUCCCCUCAUAAAAAUAAUACUAAUAGCCCACAAACAAACGUACACACAAUCGGCACAAAAGUUACCCACUAACAAUCCACAUACAUGCACACAACACCACAUACAGCCUUUCACAUGCAAUACCCCACACAUACACACACUACCAAACACACAAUUUGGUGACCCAGACACAUUCAUCCACACACAAUUCCACAAGCAGCCCCAAUACACAGCCCACAUUCAUUGAGCUUAAGUGGUCUGGGUGCCUAUAGUGGUCAUUUAACUGGCAUACAUGUGUUAACUGAUACAAGUAAUUUUCUUCACUAAGCAUAGAGACAGCAACAUAUAAUUAAUAUGUUUCCUAUCGCAAUCUAUUUUCUCGUUUACGUUCUCAUUAACCUACGAACACAAACAGUCUGUUUUUGACAGGUUUGUUGAUGUGUAUGUGAAACUGUGAGAAGCAGGAGGUUAAAAAUGAGACCCUGUGCCAAGUGUCCUCAGGAACAUUCUAAUUUGUUUCUCUGUGGGCACUCCAUAACAGCUAGUGCUUUCUUAAUAAAAAUUGUUUCCAUUUUAUAUUAGAAGUUGAAGUUCCUAGAACUUGUUUAGCACAGUCAUCAAGACAUCAUUCAUCAAGACUUAAUCUAAUAAAUAUUGAAAUUUAAACAAGUCUUGGGUGCAGCAAAAUAUGAUAAUUUCAUGUUAGAAUGUUUGUAUUUUGUACAGUAAAGAUACAAAUGAUCCAUAUAUUGAGAGCCCUUAUGAAAAUCUUUGAAGUGACAUUUGACCUGUUUUCUGUAUUAUUAUAUACAGAGAACCUUAUAGUGUUGUUACUGUGAAAGUUUGAGUGUUUUGUUCCUUUGCUAGUAUCUUCAGUGCUUGUUUUGUUACUGACUGGUGUGAUUGUAUAAAACUUGUUGCAUUAAGGUGAUGUGUUUAGCUUUUGCAUUUUUAAAACCUUGUUGCUAAAUCUAUCAUGCUCAAAAUGUGUGUAUUUAUAGGUACAUCAGUAUGUCACAAAUGAUCUGAAAUGCAUGAUCGACUGCCUCAAGCAACUCUGAGAUACCUUCCCAGAAUGUGGAGAAGUGUCAUACUCCUAUGGUCAGUCAACCUGUGCCUGUCCGCCUACAGGAUAGAAUCGCAAACAGAAAAUGGGUUCAAGCUACUCAAGAUUGGUGGCAUUAGCAACAAGACACAAUGUAGACAAGAAUGUAAAUCUGAGCAAUACCCAGGUGAGUUUUUGAAAGCUGAAAGGAAGAUUCCGGGCACCAUAACAACUUAAAUACAAUUAAGUUGUUAUGGUGCUAGGAGGCAUGAGGUGCUUUUAUACCUAAAGGAGGGUUAAACGGUUCUCAAACGGUUUAACACCAACGGUGCCGGAUCUGGGAUUCCCCCAGUCCUUGAAAUUAAGGGUCAGGGUUAGCUGAUGCUCUUAGCCAAGCAGUAGCUCUCCGUUCAAAAAAAAUAUUUAGUUAUUUUAUUUAUUUUUCUUAUGAAUAGGGAGCUACUGAUUGGCUUAGAUUACUGGAGGCAACCUUUGGGGUUAACCUUUUAGGUAAGAAGGGGCCUUUUGACACCAUUUCAAAUUUAUUUAAAUGAAGUUGUUAUGGUGCCUGGAGUGUUUCUUUUAUUUAUACAUUUUUAUAGUGUUUCCAUAUGUCCCUUGCACUAGAUUUACUGUGCCUUUAUAAACCGAUAUUUUAAAGGUGAACUUUAAUUAGUAGCCUGAAAAAAAUGUAUCAUUGACAAAUUCAUGUUCCACAAUAUAGUAGACCAUUUAUAACACAAAGUCAUUUGUGGCGGAACACACACACUAAUAUGCAUUCUAUUAGAUUCAACUCCAACACUUUUGUGUCAUAAAGGCCCAAGAUGUGGUCAUGAUUGCCUUGUACUAAAGAUGUUAUGGGUACAUUGGAACCUGAUCCAGAGCCUCACCUGAAGAACUUACCUUGGUGCAUUUACAUUGAUUAAAGACAGCCAAAAACAAAGUGCAACCUAGAUAACUUAGGAUGGGCAAACGUGUUGGCUUUCUUGUGCCAUUAGAGAGAGAACCUGAAAACCCAAAAGGUUGGCUCACAAUUGAAAUGCUUGGAAGGCUCCAUCAACCCUCGAAGAUUGUUUUAGCCUUGGUGGCCUCUUCAGAAAGGUGUGAUUGGUACCUUUUUUUGGGCUUAGUGAACAAGUGGUUCAUGAUAGGGCUCUUUUUAAAUAAAACUUUUCAAUUAUGUAAACAUUUAACUAUGACAUAAACCCUGCAUUGUUAUCCUUGUGUGUUUUUCACACUAUCCCUCAUUAAACUUAUCACUGUUCUCAUACAUAACAUUGGAUGUGAAGUGUUUAUGAAACAAGCUUCUGGUCUGAAAAGAAAAUGUCUAUUAAUUUAAUUUAUAUUCGUGAGUGACUUUCAUCUUUAUGGCAUACACAGCGAUUGUAUAUUUUAAAUCAAUAUCUGUCAGUUAUAUUUACAUUUAACGAAUGUCUGAUUCACAGGCUCCUCAGUAUUUGGCUUGGAAUAUUUUGUGUAGUGAAGAUCUAUAUGUGGCUCAAUGCAAACGUACUAUGCAUCUGGCAUUUUAAAACGACAAUUAUGAUGGAUUAUAUCUUUCAUAGUGCUGUAUUUUAAGAUGUCUGCUUUUAACGGCUGUUAACCAAGUUCACCUCCAUUGCAGAACUAAUAUCGCAUGGCUGUGUUAGCUUGUGGUUUGUAGAGUGUUUUAUAUUCUGAGAGCAGGACUGAAUUUUUUUAGAUAUGUAUAGUUAUAGUAUUAGUUUUGUGACCUCUGUUGUAAUACUCUAUAAAUGGGAAUAUUACCUCAUUGUUCAUUGGAUAUAUGUAUAAAAAUGAUUGUGAUCACAUGUUAUAAAUUACAUGUUACUGGACAUGUACUAUGUUCUUUUUCGUUUCUUAGUAAAUAUAUAUUGUGGUGUGGAUUGGAUUAGAAUCUUCAUCAUUAGAUCUGUCAAUUUAAGACAGUGCUUAACAGGGGGAGGGGUGAAAUCUAAACUACACUCUGCCUGUCUGUAGGAGAGUGGUGACGGUGAGGAGCAUAGGUAUUAAAUUAUCCAAAUUGCAGUCAUGCAAUAGAAUAUACAAAACCAUGGCAGUGAAACCAGAUGCAUGAUGGUAAAUAAUUAUUGGAUGAGAAUUAAGUGGCCUUAAAGGACCAUUAUAGUGCCAGGAAAACCUACUCGUUUUCCAGGCACCAUAGUGCCCUGAGGGUGCCCCCACCCUCAGGGACCCCCUCCCGUCGGGCUCUGGGGAGAGGAAGGGGUUAAACACUCACCUUUCUCCAGCGCCGGGCGGGGAGCUCUCCUCCUCCUCUCCGCCUCCUCUCCUCCUCUUCGGCUGAAUGCGCGGCAAGAGCUGCGCACGCAUUCAGCCAGUCUCAUAGGAAAGCAUUCAUAAUGCUUUCCUAUGAACGCUUGCGUUUUCUCACUGUGAUUUUCACAGUGAGAAGCACGCAAACGCCUCUAUCGGCUGUCAAUGAGACAGCCACUAGAGGCUUUAGAGGCUGUAUUAACCCAUUUAUAAACAUAGCUGUUUCUCUGAAACUGCUAUGUUUAUAAAAAAAAGGGGUUAAUCCUAGAGGGACCUGGCACCCAGACCACUUCAUUAAGCUGAAGUGGUCUGGGUGCCUAGAGUGGUCAUUUAAAGAGAAAAUUACUGUAACACGCUCAUAAAGAUUGUAAAAAAAAAAUAAAAGAAAUAACAGAAAACGUUUUGUGCUUCAGUAUACUUUAAUAUGGUCAUGUGUCCUAAAAAACACACAUUUAACAAAAGUAUUUUCUGUUCUAAAUUCUUUAGCAGUUUUUUAAACGUGGUAAAGCCAGAUGUUUACAUGUACUAAAGCCAAAUUAUUUGUUUUCGCUGUCAUGUAAACAUUAAAGGGGUUCUUUAGGCCAGUCACCCAGUUUUUGAUCUAUGUUUUUUCUCAUUGACCAACCCUCAUCAGCAACAUUGAUAAUUCAGCAUUAUCAGUUCUACAUUUCUGUAAAGUGCUAAUUCCUUACUACCAACACAGCCAAGAAAGGGGAUGUUUUAUGGUCCUUGUUUUACGGAUGUGACUCUGUGUACACAUCUUCUGAAGCAUGCAAGCAAAAAGAUCUCUGCAUUUGUGUGCUCAACUAAGUGUUUAAAGUGUGAUAGGUCUUCAGAAAGGCUGAGCUGAGAAAAGUCAUUUGUUCACUUAAUAACAAAUAAGUAGGCAUUUGUUUAUGACAGCGUUCUUGCUUCUCAAAGUCUUGACAUAAUAUGGUGGGUACCUACUUUUAUGAAGUUCAACUAAUGAAAGAGUGGAUCUUUUAGAUGGUAACGUUACAAACCUUGGGUGAGUCCCCCUUUUUUUUUUUUUUUUUUAAAUUAAUUUUCUUGCUCUCCACAGGUGUUCCAGGGUCCAACAAUAUGGACUCAUACAAUGUACAUUGUCUUUCCAUUGCACAGAAAAGAUGACCGGAUAGGAUAAUUUAGAUUGGGUAGUAGUCAGACCCUGCGAAAAUCCCUGCGUCUGAGAAAACUUUAAGAGUUAGAAAAUUCUGUGCUAAGAAAUAGAUAAUCUAUUUGAUAAGAAGAGUGGGCCAGAGAGAAAAAUGAACAGUUGCUGUCAUCUAUAUGUGUCCAGUAGUUAACCAAACCUUAACAGGCCAUAAAUGUUUUGAUACUACAAAGAUGGUAAGGGGGGAUAUGCCUAGCCCUACAAGAGGUGCUCAUCACAGGAUCCAAUGGAACAUUUGUCACCCCCAACAACCUACUUCCGCUCUCAGAAAUUCUUAGGGUUGCCAUCUGGGAAAUUAAAGUAUGAUAUGCCACAUUAGGUACAUUGAUGGAUGCAAAGGUGCAACUUUUGGCUACAAUCGUACUUUUCAUAAAUAAAUCUCCCAUUACAGUUCUGUUAAAAGGCCAUGUAAAUAUUGUCUUAACAUUCAUGUAAUGUGAAAAAAUCCAGUAUGGUAAAAGUUCACUUGGAAAGGGUGGAGGAUUCUACCCAAUGUGCGUCUUUUGAAUUCAUGCCACUGGAACUCUCCACAAGCAUAGUUUGUGAAGUUCCCUGGGACAGUCAAGCCUUUCACAUUAUAGGAACUAAAAUGCAGUUGUGCAAGGACCUAAUGACUAUUCAUAGUAGGCAGGGAUAGAAAUGAGAGAACACAAGUAACGUCCAGCGCAAAUGUGGAUUAGUACCAGACAGGGGAGAGUCCUCAUUAGGUAUAUUGUAGGAAAGAGCCUGCAUCUCUUGCUGGUGAGGUCCGCACAUAAUCCUGUUCAGAUAGGUGAAAUUUAAACCCUUACCAAGUGUGGGUCAAACUAAAAUAUUAAAGGGUUAUUAUAACACUUUGUAGAAGUGGGACCUUUUCGGUGUAAAAUGCCCUAUUGGGCACUGUAGAGAAGGUUCCCUCUCACAAUUUGUAGUAAAAUCUCAGAAAACAAAAGGUUCUACUUACCUGAAAUUCAGCACCGGGCAAAGCUUCCAGUGCUACUGUAACAGAUCCCCUGUUGCUAAAUUACUAUUUUUCAUUGACUGGAUCGGUAUAUGAACCCCACCGAACAGAUUGGCCCUUUUUGGUUCGUAUACCGAAUAAGGUACCGAACACCCGUGUGCCGCUCAUUAACCCACUUGACCUCACUAACACUUUCCCAAACCGCAAUCACUUCAACAUUCUAAGUGGUCAGCUGGGUGGCCAUCGUUCGUAUGGACGAACACGAGGCAGCGGCCAUCUUGGUUUUCGAAUGCACCAGGUGGCACGAACACCGCUGAAACCUCCACUACCAUCUAUGUUCGUUUCCAUCCCUCUAAAAGGAGCGGCGUUCGGUGGGAGUAUACUCCUGAACAAAAUAUACUGUAUAAGCAUACGCACAAACAGUUUAUUCACAUUUAUUGUUACAUUUUGUACUCCCGAAAGAGACCAACCUCACAGGCUGAAUUCAUGGAACUCUUUUGGGCAAACGCCUCGUGUGCGUCAGUCUAAACUAUACCCCGGUGGCGAUUUGGCUAUGUUCGUGCUCUUUUCUGAUAUGUUGGACGCUCAGAUCCAGGCUAUCUGGGAAUAUAGUACUUGAGGGGGUACCUCACUGUUAAAGGAGUGUUUUGGCGGUUAUUCCUAUAUAUGUCCUGGACCUGAGAUUUAAAAUAAUUAUGCUGUGUACUUUGUAUCUGUCCCCUCUCAGGUCCAGCAGGGGUGAUUGUAGGGAACAGCUAUACCUACUUUAUUUACCGCUUGGACAUCUACUUGGGAAUGCUACAGCACUACUUACACUAGAGGGAAAGGGCAUCUCUGGUGGUGGAAACCCCUCUUCUCUCAGGGUGGCUGCCGCAACUGCUUUUCCGCACACUCGCCCGAUGUCACUGGGGCAGCACAUGGUCCAAUCACAGGCUUCUCAUAGAAAAGCCUGUGAUUGGAGCAUUUUGCCAGCUGAGAGGUUAUUUAAAAGCAAAGGGAAGAUAUUUGUUUGUUGCCAGCAUGCAAGCAAUACAUUUAUUUUUUGUUUGUUUGUUUUGUGUUUUUUUUUUUUUUUUGUAUGUUUAUAUUUUUGUAUUUUGAAUAGGAAGCAGCAUUUCCCCUUAUUUUACUUAGGAAUUACCUCCCAAAUUUGGCAAUUAAGUGCUACCAAUAGACAAACUCAACUAAUCCUCUCAAACUUAGUGGCUAACCCACAUUAAAUCCCUUACAAGGCAGCGGAAUCUGGGAAAGUCUUGGUAAAGGGAUAUUUGCCAUGAAUUGCCAUCUAGGUAUUGAGUGAACCAGUGAGAUCUCUGGGGCUCUUGCUAACCAAAUUCAGAUUAAAUAAUGAUGAAAGGCUUCAAUAAGAGGUUUAGAAGCAGGAAACUCCUAGAAGCCUCAGAUGAGUAUAUUGCACUGCUGCCACUGAUUGUCGAGGUCCUCCAAUUGCCUUCUUAUGUCUACCAGCAAGACACUUUUACACUGGAUUAUCAAUUCUGCUGCACAAUCUAGUUGGACCAGCCAAAUCAUGCUGGCAUAUAAAUCCAAGACAUGCCUCGAAACUUACCAGUUUUGUGCAGGGGCCCAACAAUUUCAAAUCAGAUCGUGUCCUUGAUCUCAACAGGAUGUCAAGGUCAGUUUUGUGGUCAUAAUUUGGGAGAGUGCCUGCAGGUCAUCCAUAAUCUGAGCAUUGGAUACACCAGGCUCCAUAUCUGGUGGUGUCUCUUGGGAAAAGCCUGAGUAUUUAAUUAUGUCUCUCCUACUAACAUCAGUAAUGUAGAGCAAUUUUACAUUUAUAAUAAAUAUUUUCAACUGUGACUUAACCAGCACAUUUUAGGUUAUUAGAAAGUUACUUGCUUAGUUUUUAGUUUUCUUGAUCUCCAAUACACAGAUGGCCAAAAGGUCGACCCCAAUUUAAGACUAUCACAGUAUCAUGGAAAGUGUAGUUUUGCAGCAGUCGUGAUUACCUUUUGUCAAACCCUGCUCCAGGGUUAAAACCCAGGGAUAAAAAGUAGAUUAUUUUUAAUUUAAUGAUUUGGGAGGAAAUGUAUAUCUAAAGAUCAUUUUCUAUUUAAAAUACAUUAAAGUCCAUUAUUCUCUGAAAAGGCAGUGUUUAAACUAAAAGGACUGCAUGGACAGGCGAUUGACACCAGAACAACUUAAUUAAGCUGGUUGCUGUUGACUAUAGUGUCCCUUUAAAUGCAUGCAUGUUUUCAUUAGGGGUACAUCUACUAAACAAUGAUUUUUAAAUUUAUAUAUUAAUAUUUAAUUAUUUUAUUUAUAGAUAUAUAUCUGAUUUAUAUCUUUACAUUUUGUUCUUGGACACUGGAGUAUCACUUUAAUUUGCUUUUCUCCAAACAUGAGUGAUUACCAGUUAAAUUGAAUUAGUUUCUGCAUUAUAAAUCUAUGCAUUUCUUUCUUUUUUUGUGGGGGAGGGGGUUUGUUUGGUUUCAUUGCACAUAUAACAGUACAAAACACUAAUGCAUUCAGAUUACGUAGCAUGGUUACAUACAUGAGGUUAUACAAUAGUUGGUUUAGGUUCUGUCGUCUUAUUGCUUGUGUGCUUCCCAUAUUUCCCUCCACUCCAUACCCUCUAGUGUCUCGCCAAGGUCAUCUUUCCAUUGGGUUGUAUAGUGCAACGCUCCCCAGUUUGUGUUAUUGGAGCUCAGGUGGGCAGAAACUGAUGUAAUGAGCCCGUUCGGAGGUUUUUUAAAGCUAGUGAGUGCCUUAUUACAUAAUUACAUAGCUGAAAAGAGACUUGCGUCCAUCAAGUUCAGCCUUCCUCACGUUUGUUUUUUGCUGAUGAUCCAAAAGAAGGCAAAAAACCCAGUUUGAAGCACAAUUUUGCAACAAGCUAGGAAAAAAAUUUAAAUUUCUUCUUGACCCCAGAAUGGCAGUCAGAUUUAUCCUUGGAUCAAGCAGUUAUUACCCUACAUUGAAAGAUUAUAUCCUUGAAUAUUCUGUUCUUGCAAGUAUGCAUCUAGUAGCUGUUUGAACAUCUGUAUGGACUCUGAUAAAACCACUUCUUCAGGCAGAGAAUUCCACAUCCUUAUUGUUCAUACAGUAAAAAAACCUUUCCUUUGCCUUAGACAAAAUCUUCUUUCUUCCAGUCUAAACGCAUGACCUCGUGUCCUAUGUAAAGUCCGGUUUGUGAAUAGAUUUCCACACAAUGGUUUGUAUUGGCCGUAGCUUAUGGCACCUGAGGUUCCUAGUUGGUCUCCCAUACAAGUACUAACCAGGCCCGAGUCUGGAUAGCUUCUGAGAUCUGACGAGAUCAGGCACUUUCAGACUGGUAUGGCCGUAGGCAAAUGGGCCGUUUCUUUCACUAGUUUUUGUUGGGCAAAGUCCCUGAUCUGCAGGUACCUGAACAAAUCAGGGGGUUUAGUGAGGCCUUCUCUUUCAGUGCCUCGAAAGUAAUGAUUUGGUCACCCUCAUAGAGAUGAAUAGCCCUCUGUAACCCCAUAUAUUCUAUGGUUUUUAUAGUCAUAUGCUUUCAUGCCCGGGGGGAAUGCCCUGUUUCUCAAUAUUGGCAUCAAUGGUGAGGUCAACUUGCAUUUCAGUGCCGUUUUGUCCCAGACUCGGAGUUCAAUAUUGCUGGGCAUUGUGUGCAUAUAAGUGCUCUAUGUUCCCUGGGUAACCAAAUAUAAAAGUGAGGUAGGUCAGCUCCCAGCAUGCUAGAUUCUAGAUCUGCUCAUCUGCGCUCGUCUGGUGUAGAGUGCCACAUCGCUGCCCGAUCGAGUCGCGCAAGGAAUGUGGGCGCAUGGACCCUUGCCUCGUGACACUGCCUUUUAGUCUAUUCCUAAUUGUAUCUAGGUGUAUACCCGUGGUGCCCCUUGGGUGCGUUGUGGCCAGUCAUCUGGCAUUGAUAUAGUUCAGUUCAUAGGUACACACGGGCUAAAGCAUCAGGCAAUAUCAUACAUUGCAAGGCAUAUGCAGUGUACAUUUGAAAAAGUCCCUUUGUGACGAAACGCAUUAUGGAUAUUUGAAUAUUGUGUUUUUAUAUAUAUUAAAGUAUUUUUGGACAUUUGGUUGUGCCAAUUAUCUUUUUUAUAGACACAUAUCCUCCUUUUUACCCUGGCCUUUUUAUUGUUAUUUUAAUUAUUUUUACUGGUUUUAAAAAGAAACCUAAAAAUUCCUGGAAGUUUCCUGUACCCAAAGAAAUCCAUAGGUGGGGAUCAAUCCACCCAAGCUAUCAUCAAAGAGCAGUGGGUCUGCUCUUACUUUGUAAGUACAUUUCUUUUAUCAUUUUAUUAAUAUCUGUCAUACAGUGAGCACUAUUGGCUGUUUGUUUUAUCCCGAGAAUUGGACAUCAUUCACGGAGAGGAACCUGCCUUAUAUCCCAUAAGCGGGGAUUAAACCGCUGAACGCGCUUUACCCCAGAGCUGGACAUUAGCUCUGGUAAAUGUGAGUUGUAUACUAUUAUUAUUUUUUUACGUCUAUACCCGAAUUUUACAUACUACACCAUUGGAUGUCCUUUUUCCCUCUUUUUAUUUUUCAUAACAAGUGAAACCACUACAAAACUAGAAGACCCUACAAACAAAGGACACUUAUAAGAAUAUACCAGUUGGACUGCCUCUCCUUUUAUUGGACUUUAUUUAAUGUGCGCAGCCUUUUAUUGUUUUUUGUUUCUUCCAGGGCUGACUCUGUCGACGUGAGCCUCAUGGUGAGUUGUUGUAUCUGUGUGGAUACAGCGUUGUGGACUCCUGUCUCUGCUCCAGGACUACCGUCCUGUAGCCCAGCGCAGCUAUUUCUGCUUUUACCUCAUUGGUGGACUUGGUGAUCUCUGCACCAUCAUCCUGGUGCUCGGUCUGAGCUGCAUGGGAAGCCGCAAAUAGGUCUGCCACAGUUGCCCCCGAGUUGGGCGUCUUCUUUGGGGUUCUUUCGUUCAUCACAAUGCUGUUGGUGUGGGAAAUUAUCACCUUUGAUAGCUGUUGUAUGCUUUUAGGCCUAGUUUUGGCGAGGAGCUCAGCCUACAAGCGACUGAUCAGCUCCGUGCUCAGGCAACGCACCCUCCUAUCUAUGCAUUUCUGAUGGCAUAUACAAAUAACCAAAUCUGUUAUAUUAUAACCGUUCAACAAAUUUGAAAAGUAACCUAAAUAUGAACUCUUUGUCUGGUUGCAAAUAUUACAGAUUAUAACAUCCAGCAAGAACUCUAAACUUUAAAUAGAGUUUUACUGACUAGUGAUUUAAAUCAAAUCCAGCCUGCUCUAGUACAUAUUAAUUUAGAAUAGUGAGAAGAUGGACCCUCUAAUAGCACAAUGAAUAUUCGUACAGCUAGAACCACCAAUUGAUAGCACUUCACAAGUAUCUUCUUUAAAUUGUCGGUUUAUUCUUAAAACGGCACUGUCAUGUCGAACUUGCCUUUCUCUAAUCGCUUCCUCUUCUCUUUCUCUCUCAGGAUCUGUUCUUCAUUUCUUCCUGUCUGCUCUAGUUUUCUUUCAAACAUAAGACAAAGUAAGGACUAUUUUGUCUUAUGUGUUUGUCCUACGCCUGACCUGCUAUGACCAGUAGAGGAGUAAAGUGUGCUCCAUUUCCUGUGGUCAGAGCAAUAUCCCAUAAGUCUCACCUUUCCUAUGUUAUUUCGUGAUUCAUUUAGACAAAACGCAGGUGAAACUACUGAAUUUCACCCUAACAGAAUCAGAACAGUUUGUUCAUUCAUGUUAGGAUGACAAUCGGUACUUAUAGGUCAGUUCAAAUUCUGAUUCGUGCUGUGGCUGCAUCUUGCAGCCGCUGAGCAGAUGGCUCCCUAAUUCCCACGGGAUAGGGAGCUAUCUACCAAAAGGCUGAAAGAGUUGGUCUUUCAGCCAUCUUUACUAAUACCAAGUAAAAAUUACUUAGUAUUAGUAAAUAAUCUGCGAGUAGGGGCAUGUCUAGUAAACAGUGAGCAGACUGUUGUCAGAAAUAAUAAAAAAAUGCCUCCCCCCAAUAAAUGGCCUCUACGUUUACUUGUCACCGCACUCUGAUUGGUUGGUUGGAUUCCAAGCCAAUCAGAUGGUUACAAGUCAUUUUAUAUAGCAUGGGAAAGUUCUUUGGAAUUUUCCCAUACUGUGUAAUUUGACUCAUAACUCAUGGUUAUGAGUCAAAUUACACAGCAUGGGAAAUGUCCCUCUGAUUGGUAUGAACCAAUCAGACUCAUAACCCUCUGAUUGGCUGGAUUCCAAACUAACCAAUCAGUGUCGACAGGCAAAUGUAGAGACUUAGCUGUUAGUGUCUUAAUUUACCUGUGAGAGCACUCUCAUUGGUUGGCUUAAACCAACCAAUUGGAGUGCUUUGAGACAAAUUGCAGGGUGUGGGAAGGCUUGAUAUUUACAGGUAUUUACUUUUAUGUCUCCCCCUUCACUAUUUUUAGUGUGAGGGUGGAAGGUAGGGCUUUAUUUAUUUUAUGUGGGGGGGGGGGACUAGGGUCUUGGGGACCCCUAGUCACCUGGUGGGGUGGAUUUUUACACUUAGCCCCCACUCGUCGCCCAUGGGUGGGGGCCGGGGGUAGGACAAUAGGGGGCCCCCCAUUUUAAUUUAGGGCCCCAACCCACCGCUCAUGGGUGGGGGCCUGAGGGGAGGACAUUAGGUUCCCCCUUAAUGUAAUUUAGGGUCCCCAUCUGUCACUCAUGGGUGGGGGGGGGGAGGACAAUAGCUGGGGGGGGGUCUUUUUUGUAAUUUAAUUUUUAAAAAAAACAAACAAUUUAGUAGACAUUUCAAUCUCCCUUAUGCUAAUAUGGGGGUCAUAUUGACCCCCAUAGAGUGAGGGAGGGCAUACGGGACUUGGGAAGUGGCGGGGAGCACAGCUCUCUGUCGCUUCUAUCUUUAUAUGUUACAAGGAGGGAGCUGCGCCGCCAGCUUCCUCCUUGUAACAAACUAAAUGAACACCGUUAUUCAGUGUUUGUUCAUCUGACAUUUCUAUUCAUUCGUCUAGUGUGGGCAGAUGACUUGUCCCACAGGGCACUUAUCUACCCACACAAAGAUGGCGAUGCCCAGGACCUAGGUCCGGGCACAAAAUAAAUAUUUUUAAAAAGGUAAUAUGGGUGGUAUAGGGGGGAAAUUAGAUGUAGUGGAGUCGGGAGGGUGGUUAAAAAUAAAACAAAAAAACUGAUGCGGCCAUGACAGUUCCGCUUUAAUAUUACAGCAGUGGGAUUUAAUAGAACAGUAAAAUGCAUGCACUUUGGUUUGCUUUUGAAGUACUUAUUUAGCAUACCCGACUACUUUUUUUCUGUGUUAGGCUGUCUAAUUACCUCUAUGUGCUAAUAAGAAUGCGUUCUAGAUCUGUGAGUAGCCCAUGGGUAACAGGUUGAGAAAAUAUUAAGUUAAACAAACAUUUUAUUCUUCAAAUGCUACUGUGUUUAACUAGUGGAUAAUAUAAUACUUUCUGUAAAAUGCAUUUAUGACCAGACAGGUAGUAAACUGUGCAAGAUUGUCAUAAAUGUUAUAGACAUUACAUCUUAUUUUAAUCAUAUAUUAAUCAAUAUCUGUAGCUGGAGAUCAUGGGAAAAUCUGAAAUAUGUUCUACAUUGUUACCAUCAGGAGAUCUUCCCUGCAACUGGAUCUUGUUAUCACAAAAGCGAUGUAUCUUACUUCACUGCAACAACCCAAGAUUGUGUCGAAAAGAUAUAGCCAAGCAGAUGGUACAUAGACUUAUAGGUAAGGAGCAUGUGUUACUCAGCCCCCAUUUGUAUCUGUCAACCUGUUCAUCUUCCAGGUCUUCUGUACCUGUUUCUCAACCCAGUGUUCUUUGUUUCUCUGUCACAUUGACCCCCCCACAGGCACAUUCUGUUCCAGACCAUCAUGUUUGCUCUCAUUCCACAGCUGUAUUCUUCCUUUACCAUCCAUAUGUUAUCUGUCAAUCAUCCUCAACCUCCUGUACAUCACUACACAGUAUGCAAGGGAGCCUUCCAAGCUACCCCGGGAGGGCAGCACCCUUCGCUAAAGGGACAAAAUCCCUGGCACCUGAAAUUUAUCGAGCCCUGCAGUAUGUAAUGUUUAACAACCUGUGCUUGUUAAAUAUUAUGUACUGAAUAUGUAAAAAGUUUGAAAUGUAUUCAGUGACCUAUUGUAUUCCUGUACCACAUGCAUUUGUUUUUAUGUCAUAAUAAAAUUAUAGUAAUAUUUUCUGUUGUCUCAUGACAGAUAAUCAUGCUCUUACAAGAAAAAGGAGGAGUGACAAAAUUCAAUUGUCAAAACAAUUACCAAAAAAGACUAGGAGGACAGUUGCAACAACUAAUAAACCAAACUUAAAAAAACGAACAGUUCCCAUAACCAUUACCCCUCAUGCAACAAUUAAACCAUCAAAUGCAAUUAAAAUAUCCUCAAUAAAUCUACCUACAACACCAGUUGCAGAGCCAAAAAUUUCAACAUCAGCAAUAACUACUACAACAACCCUAGAAAUCACCACAGAGCCAACCGUUAACACUACAAAAAUAUCCAAAACUACACCAACCAUUACAACAAUGCCACAUAUUGUCCUUUCAAAUACUACAGCUUCAAAGAGCACCUUCAUUUUAAAGAUAAUUUCUACCCAGGUGCCAGCAGCUACACUACCAGCCUCCGUGUCAAGUGUACCAAAGAGCACCACCUCAGACAAGACCCUAAAGUCAAUGACCACAACCUUAGAAUCGCCAAAAAACACUGCUACCUGGAAGAGCAGCACCUCAGAAAUCAAAACUACACCGACCACCUCGUUGGAGCAAGCAACAAAACAAAGUAGCACCUCAGAGCCAACAAUUAUGUUGAGGACCACCACUUUAAAGCCUACAACAACAUUGAAUGCCACCACCUCAUUGCCCACAACAACAUUGAAAACUACGAUCUCAAAGCCAACGACAAUGCCAAACACCACUUCAUUGCCAACAACACCGUUGACAACCACAACCUCUGAACUAACAACAGUAAUGACAACCACAACCUCUGAACUAACAACAAUGCUAAUGACCACAACAUCAAAACCAACCUUUGUGUUGAUGACCACCACUAAGCCAAAAACUAUCCCAUUGACCACAAAAGAAAUGUUGACCACUACUUUGGAGCCAACUACAACCACUUUGGUGUCAAGGAUCCCUUUACCUAAGGAGCCAAGUACUAUUGAGUCAAAGCCUACUAAAACUACAAGUAAUGUCCCUAGCACAUCAACCAUACAUGAAGUUUCCAAACUGGCUACCACAAGUAUGCCUUCAACCAAACCUAAUGUACCCGCAGAUCGUAAUCAGGAUCAAAAUAGAGAUAAGUUGGGAUUCCCUAUAAUUACAGACGAUUUAACGAAACAUAUAGAGAACACCAGCUUUUUGUUAGCUUUACUUUUGUUAGGAAACGUCUUCUUCUUGGCUAUACUAGUGGUAUUUGCCCUUCAGGCAUUGGAAAGUUAUAAGAAGAAGGACUAUACACAGGUAGAUUAUUUAAUAAAUGGAAUGUAUGCUGAUUCUGAAAUAUGAAGGUAGUUAUUUUCACUUAAUAUUGUGCGCAGUGGCAAUUUCUUUUUUUUUUUAUAUAUAUACAUUUUAUAUGCCUUGAACACCUUCAGUGCAUUUGUAAGCAGCUCAAAGUCCUAUGCACACUUUAUUGGUUACGGUACUAGGAGUGCCCUGGCUCCCCCUGUCCCUCCACCCCAUUGGAAAUAAUUAAACCGUUUAGUAACAAUCUGGCUUCUUACCUGAGCAACUACAGAUCAGUGUAAGUCAGAGAUAGAAGCUAAGCCUAGCAGGACAGGGCUUAGCUCAGUACAUCUCAUUGAAGAGCCUAACAGAAGCUUCUGGUCUCAGACUUCCUGCUAAUAGGAGCAGCAUCCGUCAGAUCCCAGGUCAGAAGUCAAACCAUUGUAAAAUGGUUUAACUGCUUAAAAUGGGGGCUCCAGGGCACUCCUAUCAAUGUAAGCACUACAGCAUGCUGUAGUGGUUAUGUUGCUUGGAGCAUUUGUUUAACUGUAAAUUCACAAGAGACCCCAGCAGAAUAUCCCUGUUGAAGGGAGAUUAUGUUCCCCCUUGCCACAGAAAAGUGGUAGUCACUUUAAUGUUCCUAGAUGUAUUUCUGCAACACUAUAACUACAUUUAAUAUCGGCUGGGAUGUGCAAUUCCCUCUGCUUUUUGGCAACUCCAGUGCUUUAUUUCAAUUUUUUUUUGUAUCAUGCUGAACCAAAUGUGCUGUGACAUUGAAAUGAAUAUUUAAGAAGCCUUAAAUGUAAGAUAGCUAUGAAAAAAACAAUUAAGGGACUUUUCGUUUCAUACUGCAUGUCUUAAAAUCAUAGCUAAAUAGACUUUCAUGACAAGAGUAUGGCAUUCCAUAUAAAUAAAAUGAAAAUACAUUGAAGAAAUUAAAUUAUUUCAUAUUUACAACGGAGCUUCCAACCUGUUGGACACAACAAAGAGAAUGUCUUUAAAUCCAAAUUGGUGAUUUAUUUAAAAAAAAAAAAAAGUUUUUUUUUUAAAUAUUUUUUGGUGAUUGUACAGACUAAGUUAAAUGUCAACUAUUUUCUGCUAUAGUCAUAUGAAUCCCUUGUUUAAGUAAUAUAUAGAAACAAAACUUAUUUUGUACAGACUUCCUGUGUAUCAAUGUUCAUUUUGUAUUCUUUGACAAAUGGAUUCAAAAACACUUUGCUAGAGUUCAUUGAAGAAUAGAGAUUCUAACCUCAAAAGACUUUAAGAACAUGGUUUCCUGGAAAACUGUAUCAAGUUCAAAAAGACUCUAAAAUUUAACAUAACAAAUUUUACAAAUGGCAAUAGAAGUUUUUUAUUAUGUGAGAUGACAUUUAAUGAUUCAUUCCAAAAAGUUCUUGUUUUUUCACCAACUGUUUUCAAAGACGUGGCUUGAGAACUAUGGGUUUGAUCUUUAUUUAUUCAACUAAUGGAUUGGACUUUUUUUUUUUUGGCAGUGACAUCACUCACUGUAGAGUCCAAUAAAGUCUAAGUGACUCACUUCAUUAAAGGGACACUAUGGGAACUCUGAACACUCCAUCUCGCUGAAGUGGUCUGGGUGCAGUGUUCCUGUCCCCUUAAAGGACCACUCUAGGCACCCAGACCACUUCAGCUUAAUGAAGUGGUCUAGGUGCCAGGUUCCUCUAGGGUUAACCCAUUUUUUUUUUUUUUUAUAAACAUAGCAGUUUCAGAGAAACUGCUAUGUUUACAAAUGGGUUAAUCCUUCCUCCAAUUCCUCUAGUGGCUGUCUCAUUGACAGCCGCUAGAGGCGCUUGCGUG